AUGUCUUCAAGUGAAAGAGAAAAAGGAAAUAUGACGAAGGACAGCGUCAGCUUGCUGCCCUGCUUCUAUUUCGUUGAGGUAGGUUGAUUCUCUCUUUUUGAAGACUGUCUGGGCUGACUCAGAGAAUAAGAGGAUAGUGACAUUAAUCAUGACUAUAAACACCUGUAAAACAUUUUUUUCACAUAUUUUCAUACACACACAAAAAAAAAGUAUGUUGCAUAAAUGGGAGGGCUGCAACGAAAUAUCAAACAAUAAGAAACAAAGAAAUAGGUAAAUCAUAUGAAUAAUGAUAAUAGGCUAUUGCAGUUGUGGAAAAAUAAAUGCAAGCAGUUCAAUUUCAAGUUAUAUACAUGAUUUGUAUGAAUUACAUAUAUUGAUUGGUAUUUAUGUUUGGUUUCAAUACACAUGAUCGAACACGUUGUUGAUGUUCUCUGGAUGCAAGCACCACAAGAUACACUAUGCACAAUAUGUUGAAACAGAGAUAUCACUCACAAGCAUGCACAUUUACUGUGUGCAUGUGUGUGUGUGUGUGUGUGUGUGUGCGCGCGCGUGUGUGUGUAUGUGUGUGCGCGUAUGCGCAUGUGCUUGUGUGUGUUUAUGUGUGUGUGUGUGUGUGUGUGUGUGUGUGUGUUUAUGUGUGUUUGUGUGUGUGUGUGCGCGCGUGUGUGUGUUUAUGUGUGUAUGUGUGUGUGUGUGUGUAUGUGUGUGUGCGUUCAUGUGUGUGUGCGUGCGUAUGUGUGUGUGUGCGUGUGUGUGUGUGUGAAAAUCUUGAAAUCUGUGGUAGGCAUUAAGUAGCAUAUAUGACUCUAUCAGACACUGAACAUUAAGGACUCAGGAGUCAGCUCAGCUCAAUUCAACCGAAUCAUAUCUCCUAUGAAGCCUGGCUGCCAAAUACCAUAUUACUGUAUAUCUAGGAUUUUUUUACACAGUCUUCCAUCGCAGUUCAGCCAGUUCAGCAUCUCUUCUCCACACCAACGGGACAUGCAUCUUUCAUGUGAUGUCUCUGGAUAUUUAAACUACACAACAUACAUCACCAUGUCAGGGGCAGUAAGUAGGCCUUGGACAAGUAACCCUUGUCCGAGCCAGAACAGCCAAUAGGCCGUUUUAAGGGAGUAGUUCUUAUGAGGAGCGUCCUGUAUCUUAACCAUGGCUUUACUUUUAAAGAACCUUGCUUCUUGAUUAUAUUAAGAACCAUUGGUUCUGUGUUAAAGUGGCCUUGUAGAGUUUUUCUUGCCUGAGGCUUGUGUCUCUAGUGGAACCAAUUUGAGCACACAGUGUAGUGAAAACCCGAGAUAAAACAGGGGAAAACUUUAUGUUCAAAGGAUGGAUCAAACACAUGGAGUGUACUGUACUGCACUGUUCUGCACUAUUCUGCACUGUACUGCACUGUUCGACACUGUUCUGCACUGUUCUGGACUGCACUGUACUGCACUGUUCUGUUCUAUACUGCACUGUACUGCACUGUACUGCACUGUACUGCACUGUACUGUACUGUACUGUACUGUACUGUACUGUACUGUACUGUACUGUACUGUACUGUACUGUACUGCACUGUUAUGCACUGCACUGUACUGCACUAUUCUAUUUUGCACUGCACUGUUCUGUUUUGUACUGUAUGUACUGUAGUAAAAAUCUGUCAUCUUUUGGACCCUUACCAAUGUUCUCUGACUGGAAAGCCAGUUUACUUCUCCCCUUUGGUCUAGCAGGAAACUGGAGCAUAUAUAGGCCAAUGGGGCAGGGGCAUCACCCGCUACAGUGCAGAAUGGAGCCAGUGGGGCUCAUGCUGGGGAAUACAUAGCUCUUGAAAUAUAGAUCAUGAGCAGGGCAUUAGGCAUACCUAGGCUACAUGUUGAUGUUGCAAUGCAUGCACAGCGUGAGUUGCAAAGAAGUGUCAUAUUUGUUCAUUCUCUUAUUCAUUUGUUUAUCCGUUUGUUAAUUCAUUCAUUCAUAAGAUCUUCUUUUUGGUUAAUGCCCUUAAAGCGCACGUGGAGAAACCAUCCCACUGCCCCUGACAGCUAACUUUACAGCACUACUGGAGAAGGAGAAACCACAUGGCUGCACCACAACACACAUCUCACAUGCAGGCAAUAUUGACCACCUCAUGUCUCUGAUUCACUGGCUUUGUUUCCAAUGUCCACACAAACAUACACACCAUACCACUCAGUAUGAAGUCAUGGAUUGGAUAUACAUUCUGAGUGGUAUGCUUAUUUGUUUUUUUGGAACAGAACACCUGUUUCCUCUCAACUGGUUCCUAUGGUUUGAUUAUUAUUAUUAUUUUUGUAAUGACAGUCUUAUAGGGCUGUAAUGACACGCGUAUAGGGCUAUAUGUGUAAGACUUAAAUGUGUGUGUGCAAGACACCCAUGCUUGGUUGAAUUACAGUCUUAUAACAGUCUUAUAGGGCUGUAUGUACUGUAUGUGUACAGUAAGACACUCAUCAAGCCUCCAUCAUCCUCAGAAAGACACCUUCGCUGCCUUGUGAGAUGAUGCCUUUAGUCUGUGCUGCUACACAGGGUUUGGAACAGGUUCAGGGAACAGAACCAAAAAUAGCAAAAUAGCAAAAUUCUUCAAGGAACAGAAUCAGAACCGGGAAUUAACGUGAUCUAUACUGUUCCGCAACAGAACCGUUAUUUUAAAAGCAUGGCACCGGUUAAUAAUGUUAUUUUACGUUCCGGGCAUUUUUUUCAGUCCCACAAAAAAAACGCAACAAAGCGCCUAUGAAAAGCCCUCACUCAGUCACUUGGAAACUUAUUCCAGUGUCAGCCUACCAGCAGAAAAUAUUUUUUCCAGUGUGUGUGUGCGUGUGUAGACUAUCUGCCCCUACCCCUCCAAAGCAUAGGCUACUGUAGCCUACUGACGUUACACACGUGAUUCAGAAAUUAGGGAGAGAUUUUUUAUUAGAUAAGAAUGGAUAAACUUUUUCAGUGCUAGUUAAGGCUACUAUAGUUAUCACGUUUCACAUUGGAUUUAUUAAUUACUAAAAGCUAAGACGUGGUUUUUAUUCUGUUGUCGCUCUGCACACACAAGCUUGUUAGCUAGCUAGCUCUGGUCCGACAUUAAGCCAACUCUCGGAAGUUCAAAGACAUUCAAAGUUCCUCCAUAGAAGCAACUCCUCCGUAGGUAUAAUUCUGUGGGCCUAAUUAAGUAUAAUGCAUGUCAUAACAAUAUGCCCAGCGCUUCAAGCCAAGUCUCCUCCUCCACCCUCUCUCGCUCUUUCCCCACCCGCAAAUUUCAGUCGCAUCUAACACCCUACACCGCGCAUACAAACAACUAUAGCUUGCCCGGUCAGAGCUGCUCUAGCCACACUGAUUGGUGAAGUAAUUUAAUGUCAAGCUAAAUGUGAAAAAAUAAAUAAUAAUCAGAGGUUUAAAAGGAACAGAAAGGAACAAUAUAAAUCAGUACUUUUUUUGGUUCAGAACAUUAUUUUGCAGGUCGGAACAGUGUAACAGAAUGAAAAAAAUAAUGGUUCUGUUCAGAACUAAACAAUUUAAAAAUAAUUUUGGGUCCAACCCCUGCUGCUACAUGCUAUAAAUAGCACACCAGCCAACCAACCAGUCCACUUUCCAUUUCUAGCCAUCCAUUAUUAAACUUCAUCUGUCACUUCCCUGCCUUUCAUUUCUGUAAUCACUGGAUCUGGGUUUAAGCAGAGUGAGAUUAGAGGUACAGUUUUGUCUGGCAGUGGCAAGAUAAUGGACAGAAAUAGGACUGUUUGUGUUACCAGCAUAUUCAUGUUCAUUAGACUGCAUGCACCUGGUGUUUAUAAAUUGUAAAUGUUGCAGUCUAAUUAUGUAUGUUUUUAGAAAGACUAAUGCACAUGAAUAAAUCCCAUGUGAGAGUUUUCGAGGGUUCUCCUCUAGGCCCUUCUACUAAAGAUGUACUACUUUGCUCGUUUAGAUUAGGAAGUGGCUCCUAAUCCAGGACCGGAUCUUUUAGUUCUGAAGAUCCGUAUCCGUGAGUCCACAAAUUCUUGCAGUAUCUCACGGGAAUUUGGGACUUCAGUCAUUAUUCUCGUGCUAAAACCAGAUUAACCACAUAGUGAAAUGCAAACAGAUGAUAUUUGCAAUGUCAUUACAGUUUUUCUCAGUCGCUUUGGUGCAUUUCUUAGAUCAAAAGUGCAAUUCUUGAUACUACUUCUACAAAUUCCAAAUCAUCUAGUCACUUGUGCACAUCAUUAAAGCAAUUUCUUAUUCCUUUGAACAAAUUGCAAUUGCUUUUGUACAUAUUGCAAUUGAUAAUGUACAAGUGUCAGCUUUUUUCCACAUUUUCAAUUGCUCAUGUCAUGUUGAUCAAAAUAUAGUAGAUGGUUCUCUGUUGAAUAGUCUUACCCCUCAAAACAUCUAGGCAUUAGUUCCUUGCAUAAGCCAUUACAUGCAAAAUUGUUGAACUAUUUGUCAUAAACUGUCAAGCAUAGUUUUACACAUUUCUAUUAGACCUUUUGUACAAAAACGUAAAUUGCUGAAUCGUGCAGGUGAAAUUAACCCUCACUCAUGAAGGAAUGUAAAGUGUUAGUUCAACCAACAAUCAACCAGUUGUCUAAAUUGCUCAAAGGUGCAUCUCAUGAAGAAUCAAUUGGCAAGCAUACAUAGACAGACCACAACACAGAGUUGCAAUUUUCCAAUAAUGGAUGGACCAGGAAACGAACAGGGUCAACAGCCAAGAGGAGGAAGAAGAGGAGCAAGGAUGCGUGGUGGAAGGCAAAACAGAGGAAGAGGCAGAAGAGGACAUAGGCGCAUAUCUGAUGACAUAAGGGCCACUAUUGUAGACCAUGUUGUCAAUCAUGGCCUUACAAUGGCUGAGGCGGGUCAAAGGGUGCAGCCGAAUAUUGGGAGAUCAACCGUGUCCUCAAUAGUACAAACGUUUCGAAGAGAGAACAGGUAUGUCCACCAAUGUACAGUGCACUGUUACUGUAUAUAAGCAGUAUACUGUAUACUUCCUACAAUGCUUCAUAUUACAGUAGUCCACUUGUAUUUCACAGCAUACAGAAAUAUACUCUAUACAGAUACAUACUGCACCUUACAUGCACCCACCUGUAUAUUUUACAGUAAAAUGUGUGUUCGCAUAGUUUUUGUCUAUGUGAAAGUGUGCGAUGCAUCACUGCAUUUUUCCACACAUAGGACUGCAAGAUUACCUCAAACCGGUGGCAGAGGACGCCUUUUCACACCUCAACAGGAGGAGGCUAUUUGCACCAUGGUCCGAGCAAACAAUGCCAUGAGACUCAGGGAAAUACAAAGGACCAUUAUAGAAGACAACGAUGUCUUUGAAAACAUCCAUACGGUUAGCAUCUCAACCAUCGACAGGGUGCUGCAUAGAAACCAGAUGAGUAUGAAACAGCUGUACCGUGUACCAUUCCAAAGGAAUGAGGACAGAGUUAAGGAGCUACGGUACCAGUAUGUACAGGUAAAACAUAUAUCUAUGUAACUACUUUACAGCAACAUUUUAUAGUGUUACAUAGUACAGUAAGCAUAAACUGCACACAUUUCCAUUGCUGUGGAAGGAACAUGCAAUUAUAUGUACAUUUUAUGUCACUCUUCCUUACCAAAACAAAUUCAACUGUGUGUUCUGGGAUAUGGCGUAUAAUGGAGUUGGAAUCAAGUGAACCCUCUCACAACUUUGUAUACGUGGAUGAGGCUGGCUUCAACCUGACCAAAUGCAGAAGGCGGGGUCGGAAUAUCAUCGGUCACAGAGCUACUGUGGAUUUGCCAGGCCAACGGGGAGGAAACAUCACCAUGUGUGCUGCUAUUUCGGAGCAUGGUGUCCUAACCCAUAUCCCCCUUUUAGGGCCAUACAACACCCAGCAUCUAUUCAACUUUUUAGAGACUCUUUACAGGGCUCUCAUGCCUGAUGAUGAGAGGGGUCUGUUUAGAGAGGAUUUGCCAAAGUAUGUGGUCAUUUGUGAUAAUGUGAGUUUCCAUCGAUCAAACAUCAUAAGGCAAUGGUUUGUGACCCACCCGAGGAUGCUCAUAGAAUUCCUCCCACCUUAUUCACCAUUCCUUAACCCAAUUGAGGAGUUCUUUUCAGCAUGGAGGUGGAAGGUGUACGAUCGUCAGCCACACACACAGAUGACCCUGCUGGCUGCAAUGGAUGCAGCAUGUGAGGACACCACAGUAGACGCCUGCAGAGGAUGGAUAAGGCAUUCCAAAAGAUUAUUUCCACGUUGCAUUGGAAGGGAAAAUAUCCGGUGUGAUGUGGAUGAGAAUAUGUGGGCUGACAGACAGGAACGUCUGGAUGUGUAGAGACAGCACUAGAACAGUGCUGUGGGCAAAGUUGUGCCUUAGGGGUGGUUUCCUGUGUUUCUUUCUAAUUUAGUUUUUUUUCCUUUGUGCCCCUUGGGUUGUCCAGUCUCUUUCAAUCAAUAACCCACAUACAGUAAUAUGUAAAUAGUACUGUUGAAAUUGAUAUAUGCCAUAGAAGUGCAGCCUUGUGCAUUUUCAAUACAGUAACUGUCAUCCAAACUGUAGCCUAAGUUUACAUCAGGUAAUACUGUCAAAGUACACAGUUCCAUUGACAACAUGCCUAAACAUUUUGACAACCUUGUUCGUGAACAAUGACUCAAUGACUUAUCAUUCUGAUGACACUGACAUGAUCAUUGGCAUGAAUAUUUACUUUUGAGAGAUGUACUAAGGAUUUUUAGUGACUGACUAGCUUUAGAAACAUAUCUAUUGUAUAUUGCAGUUUGUACAAAUUGUUCUGAGAAAUGCACUUAUUAUUUUGCACAUGAUGUGAAAAAUGCACCAAAGCGACUGAGAAAAACUGUAAGUGGGAGAACAUGCACAAUUGGUGGCUGACUAAAUACUUUUUUUCCCCAUAGAUAGAUAGAUAGAUAGAUAGAUAGAUAGAUAGAUAGAUAGAUAGAUAGAUAGAUAGAUAGAUAGAUAGAUAGAUAGAUAGAUAGAUACAGUGGGGAAAAAAGUAUUUAGUCAGCCACCAAUUGUGCAAGUUCUCCCACUUAAAAAGAUGAGAGAGGCCUGUAAUUUUGUGAAGUCACUUUAACACGCCGACAUCAAGAAGACGUCCUUCUGUUCCUCUAGCAGCGGGGUACUCUGUCACAGCCUCCUUUUAACACUAGCUGGCUGUUUAAGAGCUGAAUGUGGAAUUACUGCAUCAGCAUGGAUGCCCAAGGCCAAACACAGACCACAUGCUGUACAGCACUGCAUCCCAGAGAGCUACCAACUUUACAUUCAAUUACACAUGUAUCUGGCUUCGCAUGAAACUUAUUUACUGGACUGAAAGUCUUACAGUCUUUCAAUGGUACACAUUGACAUGUACAUGCUAAAAUUACAUUCAUGGCCCACUCUGUAUAUUAAUUGCAUUGGAUGUCCAGCCAACAUUACACUGCAGUGCUACCAACUAGGUACAGUUGAAGUCGGAAGUUUACAUACACUUAGGUUGGAGUCAUUAAAACUCAUUUUUCAACCACUCCACAAAUUUCUUGUUAAUGAACUAUAGUUUUGGCAAGUCGGUUAGGACAUCUACUUUGUGCAUGACAUAAGUAAUUUUUCCAAUAAUUGUUUACAGACAUAUUAUUUCACUUAUAAUUCACUGUAUCACAAUUCCAGUGGGUCAGAAGUUUACAUACACUAAGUUGACUGUGGCUUUAAACAGCUUGGAAAAUUCCAGAAAAUUAUGUCAUGGCUUUAGAAGCUUCUGAUAGGCUAAUUGACAUCAUUUGAGUCAAUUGGAGGUGUACCUGUGGAUGUAUUUCAAGGCCUACCUUCAAACUCAGUGCCUCUUUGCUUGACACAUGGGAAAAUCAAAAGAAAUCAGCCAAGACCUCAGAAAAAAAAUGGUAGACCUCCACAAGUCUGGUUCAUCCUUGGGAGCAAUUACCAAAUGCCUGAAGGUACUACAUUUAUCUGUACAAACAAUAGUACGCAAGUAUAAACACCAUGGGACCACGCAGCUGUCAUACUGCUCAGGAAGGAGACGCGUUCUGUCUCCUAGAGAUGAACGUACUUUGGUGCGAAAAGUGCAAAUCAAUCCCAGAACAACAGCAAAGGACCUUGUGAAGAUGCUGGAGGAAACAGGUACAAAAGUAUCUAAAUCCACAGUAAAACGAGUCCUAUAUCGACAUAACCUGAAAGGCCGCUCAGCAAGGAAGAAGCCACUGAUCCAAAACCGCCAUAAAAAAGCCAGACUACGGUUUGCAACUGCAUAUGGGGACAAAGAUCGUACUUUUUGGAGAAAUAUCCUCUGGCCAUAAUGACCAUCGUUAUGUUUGGAGGAAAAAGUGGGUUGCUUGCAAGCCGAAGAACACCAUCCCAACCGUGAAGCACGGGGGUGGCAGCAUCAUGCUGUGGGGGUGCUUUGCUGCAGGAGGGACUGGUGCACUUCACAAAAUAGAUGGCAUCAUGAGGAAGGAAAAUUAUGUGGAUAUAUUGAAGCAACACCUCAAGACAUCAGUCAGGAAGUUAAAGCUUGGUCGCAAAUGGGUCUUCCAAAUGGACAAUGACCCCAAGCAUACUUCCAAAAUUGUGGCAAAAUGGCUUAAGGACAACAAAGUCAAGGUAUUGGAGUGGCGAUCACAAAGCCCUGACCUCAAUCCUAUAGAAAAUGUGUGGGCAGAUCUGAAAAAGUGUGUGCGAGCAAGGAGGCCUACAAACCUGACUCAGUUACACCAGCUCUGUCAGGAGGAAUGGGCCAAAAUUCACCCAACUUAUUGUGGGAAGCUUGUGGAAGGCUACCCGAAACGUUUGACCCAAGUUAAACAAUUUAAAGGCAAUGCUACCAAAUACUAAUUGAGUGUAUGUAAACUUCUGACCCUCUGGGAAUGAGAUGAAAUAAAUAAAAGCUGAAAUAAAUCAUUCUCUCUAGUAUUAUUCUGACAUUUUACAUUCUUCAAAUAAAGUGGUGAUCCUAACUGACCUAAAACAGGGAAUUUUUGCUAAGAUGAAAUGUCAGGAAUUGUGAAAAACUGAGUUUAAAUGUAUUUGGCUAAGGUGUAUGUAAACUUCCGACUUCAACUGUAUAUCAACCUAGCCUGAUCCAUCCUGACAGCUGCGUUCUCGUUAGCAAAGUAGAAUGUAAGCUUGGGUUUGUACGAGGCUAAUAUCAACCCAUCUCAGACCUAACAUCUCUGUGGGUACACUAUUAGAUCCCAAUUGGAUUUAUCAUCGUCAUUUAUUUGGCUUUAUCAGGUGAUACCUUUUUCCUCAUGAGAUUUUCUCCUAGUAGGUCGCAAACCUAUUUCCUUUCUGCUGUAGGAGUUGGUGUGGAAUGUAAUAUUGUGUAAAAAGGGGACUUUCGUCUUUGGGAGCCCAUGCUCCCUGAGCACUUAAGACAUAAUUACUUGGCUGAAGAUAAGGGACAGAACUAAACUGUGACAAGUCGAUGUGAAAUCAGUUCAGUGAUGCAUCCUAUCAUAGCCUGCAAGACUACACCACAUCGAAGAGCUAGCUCUUUUAAUGCAUGUUCUACUGGUGCCAAUUUUGCUCCAGUAGUUCCUAGAACCAACUAGUCUUUGAAAUCCCAGACCAUUGGGACACUGUGGGAGGUAACCCAUCUGUCUAAUACUAGAGACUAGGAACCAACCACUAAGAGUUCACUAGAGCAACCUGUGUAAUUCCCUACAUUUGAAUGUCUGACUUGUGACAGCAAUCAAUGUUGUUGUUUUCCAAAUUAUGAAUUAGCUUUCUAACUAGGAUUCAUUAACAUUAAUUUAGUGUUUUUCACACUUUCAUUGUGUUGAAAGUUGGUUGACAUCCCAUAGUUAUGAUUUGACAACUUCCCCUUCAUCAGGUCUCUGAAACUGAGAUAUUGACUCAGAAUCCAUCGUCUCCAGUGGAAUCAGAGUAACGAGUGAAUCGAACCACACAAUGAUUCUGACAUAUCAUGUUUGUUGUUUUGCCUCUCUGUUUAUGUGCUUGUUUGUUUGUUUGUUCACCCGUGGGCAGCUCCCCAUCCUGGUGUCGUCGGUGGUGAGUCUGUACUUCCUGGAGCUGACAGACAUGUUCAAGCCAGUCCGCUCGGGGUACAGCUGCCACGACCGCAGCCUCAGCCUGCCCUACAUAGAGCCCACCCAUGAGAUUAUCCCCCUGCUCAUGCUGCUCAGCCUGGCCUUCGCUGGACCUGCCAUCACGGUCAGUAACACACACACACACACACAGGCAUGCUCGCACGCCCACACGCGCACACAUACAUUCACACAUUCACUCAUAUGCACACACAGUCACACAUGUCAGUGGCAUUAUCUAUGUCAUCCUGACUUGUCACACUUGGCAUUUUAGUUGAGUGCUGCCUGUAGGCCUACUUGGUUGUUCUUCCAACAGAAAUAGGCAGGCCAUGUUUUUAGAUAUGGUAGAAUGUCAGAAGAUCCUAGUGUAAGAUAGGCCUCUUAGGAGGAAGAGAGCAUUGGUCAGUAUGGUAACACUAAGUUGACCCAAAGCUGCAGAUCUUUACAGGGUAAGAUGAAGGGUACAGUGAUCUGACAUUCAAUUUCCUCUGAUGUCUCUGUUGAUGCCUCUUCCCCACUAGCUAAAAUAUUGUGACUACCGUCAGCUGAGGAUUCUGAAGAUCUUGUCCUAAGUAUGACUAAUGAUGUGUUUGAGAAGUUUGACUAUUCGAAACAAAACUCUAACUCACGUCAAAAAAUGUCUCUAUCCGCCAGCAAUCCCUGUUUGCUACCAGAAUCCUCUCCUGUAUUGAUCUGAGGCACUUAUAAAAAGAAAAGGAACUUAUCCCAAAUAGCAUCUUCAACUACACUAUAUAUACAAAGUAUCUUCAAAUUAGUGGAUUUGGCUAUUUCAGCCACACCCGUUGCUUACAGGUGUAUAAAAUCGAUCACACAGCCAUGCAAUCUCCAUAGACAAACAUUGGCCUUCACUACUGAGUUCCAAACUGCUUUGGAAGCAACGUCAGCACAAUAACUGUUCGUCGGGAGCUUCAUGAAAUGGGUUUCCAUGGCCGAGCAGCCGCACACAAGCCUAAGAUCACCAUGCACAAUGGCAAACGUCGGCUGGAGUGGUGUAAAGCUCGCCACCAUUGGACUCUGGAGCAGUAGAAACGCAUUCUCUGGAGUGAUCAAUCACGCUUCACCAUCUGGCAGUCCAAUGGACGAAUCUGGGUUUGGCGGAUGCCAGGAGAACGCAUCUUCCCCGAAUGCAUAGUGCCAACUGUAAAGUUUGGUGGAGGAGGGGCUGUUUUUCAUGGUUCGGGCUAGGCCCCUUAGUUCCAGUGAACGGAAUUCUUAACGCUACAGCAAACAAUGACAUUCUAGACGAUUCUGUGCUUCCAACUUUCUUGUAACAGUUUGGGGAAGGCCCUUUCCUGUUUCAGCAUGACAAUGCCCCGUGCACAAAGCAAGGUCCAUAUAGAAAUGGUUUGUCGAGAUCGGUGUGGAAGAACUUGACUGGCCUGCACAGAGCCCUGACCUCAACCCCAUUGAACACCUUUGGGAUGAAUUGGAACACCGACUGCGAACCAGGCCUAAUCGCCCAACAUCAGUGCCUGACCUCACUAAUCCUCUUGUGGCUGAAUGAAAGCAAUUCCUCGCAGCAAUGUUCCAUCAUCUAGUGGAAAGCCUUCCCAAAAGAGUGGAGGCUGUUAUAGCAGCAAAGUGGGGACCAACUCCAUGAUUUUGGAAUGAGAUGUUCGACGAGCAGGUGUCCACAUACUUUUGGUCAUGCAGUAAUUCUACUGACUUUAGUAGUGUGAUGACGCAUUACUUUCACAGAGAUCUCCUAGCAACACUCAGUACUGUAGCAAGCAGAUCUUGUGUUUCCAGUCCUCUGUCAGACUCUCUCUCAGGUGUAUACACUGUGGCUGACUGUUCUCUCAGGUGUUUAUACUGUGGCUGCUACUGUCAGCCAGCAUUUGACUGCCAGCCACCCCAGAGUAGUCUCUGUAGCUAGCAACCUCCCCAAGACCUAUCCUGACUCAGUCAAUGUGUUUUUGUCACUGGCUAUGAAGCUAUCUCAACCUAUAUGUCCCCAGGUGAACUGACAGUUUGAAACUACGGUUUGGGGUCCUCUUUUUUUUGUUCUGUGGUUUAAGUGAGGGUUAUGAAUGAGUGGGUGUUGCAGUGUUUUGUGGUGUUUUCAAGCAGGCUGCUCAUGCAGAAACGCGUUGAUUAGUUCACACUCGACUUCCUGAGAGUCCUGGAGGCAUAUUGCUGUGUUUGACAGGAAGACUAAACUGUUCUCAAGUGUGAACCAUUCUCUCUUCUUCUUUAAAACGUCCCCUCACAAUGGUGUUGCUAAGGUGCCUUUCUAAGCAUCUUCUCAGGCUGACUGUAAGGUGUCCACCCACUCUGUCCAGAGUAGGUGAAAACGCACUUGGGUGAUGACAUUUCACUUCCUUAUGUUAUAAAAUAAAUGUUACCAAGACAAAUAUGAUUCUUCAUGUUCUGAAUCGUUCAGUGGGGUCUUUCUCCAACAUAUCAUUAACACAUUAAUAUUAUAUCCAAAAAGUCAGAUUUCAUAACCUAAUACAUCCAAUAAUAAGCACCAAGCUCUGUUGACAGAGCGGGGCAGCUUUCCCGCUAAAACUUUUGAGGAUUUUAAAUUUUUUGGUUGUUGUCUUCCAAGUUGUGGGUCGCAAAUAUCAAAAUUAGCAUGACACAAGCUGAAUCUAAUGUAAAAGGCUUUGAAAAUAAAAAGCCUGCGGUAUGCUCAGUGCUCCCUUGACAUUUCACAGAGAUACGCUUGUUUUUGUGAGAAGUCUUUGAAAAAGAACUGGAACUUCACAUUAAUAUGUAAUGUCUCAAAAUCAAUAUCUAUCUUACCUCCAUAUUGUUUUAUGUCCUCCGGAUUUGAGAACAAAGAUAACGAGUUCAGUGGGAAGCCUGUCAGGUAACCUUAAUUAUUUACCAGAUUUUUUACCACUUUUUUUCUCUGGCCGCUAUUAAUUUAGUCACCCUAAUUUUGACCAUCCUACAAGAGUAAAAACUCCAAUACAUUUUGAACAGAUUAUGACGGAGACAUGAGGUUUGGACCAUUGGUUUUCUUAGAGGAUUAUCUACACAAUUAACAUUAUUUUACCCAAUGGUCAAAAUAUGUGUUUUUGACUGUGACUGCACAUCAGAGUACAUACUUAACUACUGUACCCCUCACCCUUCUCUGAAAGGUAAAGAUUACUCAAUUUCUCUAGUUGUUUACUACUGGUCUGGUGCUUUGGAAUAUGUACAUACUGUACCAAACACAUUCCCAGUCCAUUAGCAGCACUGUUCAAACAGUUACAUUUAAUGAGAUGAACUAGCUGAUUAUAAAUACUUCAUCACGGCACUGAGACAGAAAUAUAACUCAGGACAUAUGGGAGUGUACUGUAUAUCUAAGGUUCAGAAUGCUAACACUUUAAAUCCUUCUAUAUUCCAUCUGCAAUCCAUUCAGAUGCAGUUCCCAAACAUCAGCUAACACUGUGAAAUAUUUGUAUGUAUUGGUAUAGUCCUAGCCUAGCGUAUCACAAUAACAACAUGUAAAAUGAAAGAUCAGUUCAAUACCUCAUCAAACAACAAUUAACCUACAUACAGUAAGUACGAUAAUGUUACAACAUUCUAUUAGUUCAGAUGACCUAGCCUUUUCCACCAUCUCUAUCAGUGCUGAGUAUUGGUUUAUUAUAGAGCAGAUUUAUCACUAGAAAGGAAGUACCUGCAGGUAGUGCAGGAUCCUGUGGUUCGGCCAGUUGUCAUAGCUCAGUGUUCUGUUGCCUUCUCUCUCUCUCUCUCUCUCUCUCUCUCUCACACACACGCACACGCACACGCACAUGCACACAGAUACACGCACACACACACGCACACAUACACACACACAUACACACACAUACAAACACACACACAGACACACACACUCCCACCUCUUUCUCUAUCUCUGGAACCUCUCAACCUGUCAGAUGGGCAGAGUGUGCUGCCAUGGCGAUAGCCGCAUGAUACCUGGCCACUCAUUCAUGUCACAGCGUGACAGCAGACCCUACGCCAAAGGCUUAGUUAGACUAUACUACAGUACCCACAGCACCCUGGGGUUUAGCCCUUACUUCUCACAACACCCUGCCUGUGCCAGGCCAGGACAGGGUGUGGAUCACCGCUGACAUCAAACACACAGCCCCACUGAGAUAUAAACUCUUCAUGCAUUCACACUGACAGACUGAAGAGGGGUUAUUAUAGACUAGUAAUGACUGUAUCAGAGCUGUGGGAGAGGAUGUACCAUUGGGAUUCAUGCUUUAUUCAAGUUGUCAAGGCGUGGGUAGUCUCUUGUGGUAGCUGGCUGGAGUUCUGAGAUUAUGGAUCGGGUAACAGAGUAGGAUUCUGAUUGAUUGACAGGUGUGGUGGUGUGUGUGUGUGUGUGUGUGUGUGUGUGUGUGUGUGUGUGUGUGUGUGUGUGUGUGUGUGUGUGUGUGUGUGUGUGUGUGUGUGUGUGAGUGUGUGUGUUGAUUGUUUCAGCUCCCCUGAACAGAGCAGAGGGGAUUGGAUUGUGUUUGAAGGUCAGGGUGGAGGGGUUUAUUCAGACACAGACGACAGCCAGGUGUCCUGUGGUCCUGUUUGUCAAAGUUCCAGACACAAGGGAGAGACUUACUGUACACCUAGGUUGGCUGAAGUUAUUAAUGUUCUAUAUUGGAAGUAGGGUUGGGCGGUAUCCAGAUUUUCAAACCGUCAUACAGUUUCUGUAUAUGGUAUUACCGAAUCUGCACACAAGGGCCUCUAUUUCAACAACAAAAAAAUGAAUGUCUCUGCUGUAAUCAAGCUAGCAAGUUAGCAAACCAAAUGCAUAGCUGGAGCCCUGAGCUGGAUAUAAUUUAUUUGACACAUCUUAGAUUUCUUAUAGUUAUAAACAGUGGUGUAGCACUCACCCCCGUGAGGGCUAAUUAUUAUUAUUAUAUAUAUUUUUACGGUAUUGAAAAUCAUACCGUUGGUAUUUCGAAAUACCUCGGUAAACGGUAUAUCGCCCAAGCCUAAUUGGAAGGUAUUGUGAUAUAGGUCAGUCAGGUUAUACAAUCUUGAUUACCACAGCUGGUUAGUGCUGAGAGUUGUACAUGGGAAUGGUAGGCCAUAGUACUCCACACUGCAGGGAAAGUGUGCCUUGGCCUUCCCCUAACCUUUCGUCUGGGGCUAUGCCAAAGACAGGGAGCUUUACUUUAACCCAAAAACAGAGUGCUGAGAGGAGAGGCAGUCAUUUGAAACAGAGGUAGACAGAGUUCAAGGGAAAGGUGAUCUCUUAAUCCUACCGUGUGUGUGUGUGUGUGUUUGUGUGUGUGUGUGUGUGUGUGUGUGUGUGUGCGUGUGCAUGUGUGUGUGUUUGUGAUGUAAGUGUAUGUGUCCACAGUGUCUCUGACACACCGAUGGCCAUGUCUCUGUCCACAGAUAAUGAUCGGAGAGGGGAUCCUGUUCUGCUGUCUGUCCAGAAAAAGGAAGGGUGUCGGGGCAGAGGCAGACAUUAAUGCAGCAGGCUGUAACUUUAACUCCUUCAUCCGCAGAGCUGUCAGGUUUAUUGGUAAGUUUAAUUUGGUUUACUUGAUGAGACUGUCUCAGCCCUUUAAGUAUGUAUUUUUAUGAAUAAUGAAAAAAUGACAUGACAAGGCCCAAGUAUAAAUAGAAAUCUAUGCUAACUGGGUGUGUGUGCAUGUGUGUGUGUGCAUGUGCCGCACGUGCAUGUGUGUGUCUCUGCCACCCAGGGGUCCAUGUGUUUGGCCUGUGUGCCACGGCUCUCAUCACGGACAUCCUCCAGCUAGCGACGGGCUACCACGCACCUUACUUUCUGACUGUGUGUAAACCCAACUACACCAUGCUCAACACAACUUGCGACGAGAACACCUACAUCCUGCAGGAUAUCUGCUCCGGGUCCGAAACCGCAACCAUCAACCAGGGCAGGUUUGUCACAUUCACCUUUCACCUUUGACCUCUAAAGAGCUGUCAAUGUAUUUCUGCUCCACCAACCUGACGUUAAGGGGUCAGGGUUAUGGCUAGGGUUAGGGUUGAUCCAGGAUGAGGACAUGAAGAUAGGGUUACGGUUAGGGAUAGAGUUGUGGUUGAGGCUAGGGUUAGCUUUGAACCGGGAUGUGGACAUGAAGCUUGAGUUAGGGUUCAGGGUUAGGGUUGAGCCGGGGUGUGGACAUGAAGUUAGGGUUAGGGUUAAGGUUAGGGUUGCAACUAUGGUUAGACAUGAGGACAUGAAGCUAGGGUUAGGGUUAGUGUUAUGGCUAAGGUUAAGGUUGACCCAGUGUGUGGACAUUUGUCACGACUUCCUCCGAAGCUGCCUCCCCUCCUUGUUCGGGCAGGCUACGGCGUUCGUCGUCACCGGCCUUCUAGCCACUGCCGCUCCAUAUCUCAUCAUUCCAUUUGUCUUGUCUUCUCAAUUACACACACCUGGUUCGUAUUCCCCUCAUUAGUAUGUGUUUAAGUGUUCCCUCUGCCCCCUUGUCCUUGUGGGUGAGAUGAGUGUAGCUCGGUGGAGCUACCUGUACUUUGUAUUGCCGGGGUAUAUUUUCCCAGUGUUCCUGUAUUUGUUCCAGUGCGCCUGUGUUGCGCACUGGACUGUUGACGCUAUCUAGCGUAACCGUGUACUAUGGAAUAAACUCUGUAUUCUGUGAUUUACCCUCCUGCGCCUGACUCCUUCAAAUCACAAUCUCACAACAUUAUGCUUGGGUUAGAGUUAGGGUUGAGGCUAGGGUUAGCAUUGAACCAGGAUGUGGACGUGAAGCAAGGGUUAGGGUAAAGGUUAGGGUUAGGGCUCCAUUGUAGUCUAUGGAAAACAGAGCUAAAGCUCAUUCAGAAGUCUCAGCUUUCUUCUGACGAUAUUAUCAUCCUCAAAUAUCACAAAUAUCUACACUGUCAAUCAAAGCACAUUUUGUCUGGAAGUUGUAUUGAUGUGUAAAUUAAUCUAAUACCUCCAAUUAUUCAGUAGCCGCAGAUCAAGACUUGAGUCAUUAGCACAGUUCAAUUGGUUAUUUUUCCUGGGAUUACGCAGAGUUUGAGUUGCUCAGUUCUGUUUGGAUGUAUAAGCACAAGGACCCAGACAAGACAAGUAGCAGCAAAGCUAUUUUGGUUUCUAAUUAUGGUUAUCAUGGCUGUAGAGGAAAGAGAACCUUUUUGAUGUUCUCACUAAUGAGGUUGGAAAAUUGACUCUUUUGCACAUCAGCAAAUAGCUCGUGUGGAUUCAGGAAAAAUAGAUGUAUGGAGUUUUCCGUCUGGAGUGGGUGGAGAAAGCAAAGCACAGGGUGAGAUUUGAAUUAUUAUUAUUAUUAUUAGGAUCCCCAUUAGCUGACGCCGUAAUGUCAGCUAAUCUUCCUGGGGUCCAACACAGAACUAAAAAGACAUUACAAACAAUUACAAUUUACAUGAAGACAUUACAAACAUUUAACAAGUGGACAUUACAGACAAUUAAAAUACCUGACCGGUAAUACAUUUAACAUUCAGAAGAUGCUCUCUGGGAUUAGUAUCCAUCCAGUAAUAUGGUUGAUCGCAUUAGAUAUUCUUUUAUUGUUUUCUUGAAGGUGGAUUUACUUUUUGCCUGAGAAAUGGGUAAAUAAUUCCAUUCAUUGAUGGCUCUGUAUAUAACUGUAUAUAACUAUUUAUCCUCAGGGGUAUCAGAUGACCUGAAUUUUCUUGUGUGAUUUCGUGGUUAUGUUUGUUGCUAGUAUACACUAAUUGCUGUUUCUUGAAAAAUAGUACAUUUCCAAUGAAAAUCAGAAGACUGGAUAGUAAUUUGCUUUCAAUGGGACGGCAUGAGAGAUUAUUAUGCAUUCAGUUGACAUUCAUACAGAUAGAAAAAUGGCAGCCCUGUUCUGAGCAAGUUAGAGAUUUUUUAGAUUGUUUUUUGCUGCAGAUAACCAUAUGGCAGGACAGUACUCUAGGUGUGAUAAAAUCAAAGACUGAAUCACCUGAUUCAGAGUGUUGGAUGUUACAUACUCUUGUUAUAGCAAUGCCCUUACCCAUUUUAAUUACAAUGUUAUAUUGGACCAAGCACAAAACAUUUUGUUUUAGAAAUGUGUUAUGCCACUCAGACAGAGUUCUUAGUUCUUUGCUCAGUACAUCUGUUAGCUCAUUAUAUGCUGAUGCUAUUCAUUACUGAGGGCAAAUCAUUAGUCAAGACAGUGUAGAGGAGUGGGCCUAAGCAGCUGUCUUGAGGAACACCACAGUGUAAAUCGUUACAGUCUGAAAAGCUACCAUUAAAGAGAACUUUUUGCAUUCUCCUGGACAUAUAGCUUUCCAUCCAGUAUAGAGCAGCAGACAUAAAAUGAUAACAUUUGAGAUACUAUCAUACUGUCUCUCCUGAAUUGAAUUAUUGAGGUUUAUCUAAAAAGACAUCCCAUUUUCCUGUAGAGCUGAAGACAGACAGUGCCAUUACCUAUGGGAGAUUAAUCUGUGUAUCUGUGUCUAAUAUUGUCGUGCCCUUCUUAGUCAUUCUAAGACUAAUGUAUAGCCUUUAUGGUCUUAUUCAUCCUGUAAACAGACAGAUGAAACGGACCAUUAAAUUCAGCCUGCACCAUUAAAAGCUCAAAACUGACAGUGGCUCAGGGCAUAAACAGUGUCUGUUCCUCUCUGUGAGAGCCAAGCUCACAGUUUAACAGUCUAAAUCUAAUGAACUAUAUAAAGACCCUUAGAAGAGAUUGGUACAACAGUUCAAUGUUUUUCUCCUCUUUAGUAUUCAUCUGAUGAUCUGAAGAUGUCACCGAUAGACAUGGCAGCUUUUUUGUGUUAUUUCUUACAUUUUUAGCCCAGAACGUUUUUUGUGUUAAUAUAUACAGCCGGACAUAACUUUUGGAUAUCAGAGCGACGGUAACUCACCAGCAUUCUGACCAGAAAUACAACUUUCCCAAAUUGGAUGCCUUGUUCGUACCCCCCAAAGCAAUUUAACUUAUUCCAGAGGCUGCUCCAAGACGCCGCCGCUGUUGAGAGAAUGCCAAGAGUGUACAAAGCUGUCAUAAAGGCAAAGGGUGGCUAUUUAAGGAAUCUCAAAUAUAAAAUAUAUUUGAUUUGUUUAACACUUUUUUGGUUACUACAUGGUUCCAUAUGUGUUAUUUCAUAGUUUUGAUGUCUUCACUGUUAUUCUACAAUGUAGAAAAUAGUAAAAAUAAAGAAAAACCCUUGAAUGAGUAGGUGUGUCCAAACUUUUUGACGGGUACUGUACUCUGUUUCACAGAAUCAUGGCUCUCUCUGGAUAUACUGUCCCCGUCCAUACAGCCAGCUGGGUUCUCAGUACAUCGUGCAGACAGGAAUAAAGAACUCUCUGGGAAGAAGAAAGGCGGAGGUGUAUGUUUCAUGAUUAACUACUAAUGGUGUGAUUGGGAUAACAUACAGGAACUCAAGUCCUUUUGUUCACCCAACCUAGAAUACCUCACAAUCAAAUGCCGACCAUAUUACCUCCAAAGAGAAUUAUCUUCGUUUAUAGUCAAAGCCGUGUAUAUUCCCUCUCAAGCCGAUACCACGACGGCCCUCAAGGAACUACACUGGACUUUGUGCAAACUGGAAACCACAUAUCCUGAGGCCGCAUUCAUUUUAGCCGGGAACUUUAACAAAGCAAAUCUAAGGAUAACACUACCAAAGUUCUAUCAACACAUUGCCUGUAGUACUCGUGCUUCAAAAACUCUCUCUGUUACUCUCCCUUCCGGGAUGGCUACAAGGCCAUCCCCUGCCCUCCCUUUGGCAAAUCAGAUCCUGACUCCAUUCUACUUCUCCCUUCCUAUAGGCAGAAACUCAAACAGGAAGUGCUAAGGUCCAUUCAUCGCUGGUCUGACCAAUUGGAAUUCAUGCUUCUAGAUUAUUUUGAUCAUGCGGACUGGGAUAUGUUCCGGGUUGCCUCUGAGAAUAACAUUGACGCAUACACUGACAUGGUGACUGAGUUCAUCAGGAAGAGUAUAGGGGAUGUUGUUCCCUACUGUGACUAUUAAAACCUACCCAAACCAAAAACUGUGGAUAGAUGGCAGCAUUUGCGCAAAACUGAAAGUGCGAACCACCACAUUUACCCAUGGAAAGGUGACUGGGAAUAUGGUCAAAUACAAACAGUGCAGUUAUGCCCUCCAUAAGGCAAUCAAAGAGGCAAAAUGUCAGUACAGAGACAAAGUGGAGUCGCAAUUCAACGGCUCAAACAUGAGAUGUAUGUGGCAGGGACUCCAGACAAUCGCGGAUUACAAAGGGAAAACCAGCCACGUCGUGGACACAACGUCUUGCUCCCGGACAAGCUAAACACCUUCUUCACCCGUUUUGAGUAUAGCACAGUGCCACCGACGCAGGCUUCUCCCGAGGACUGUGGGCUUUCGUUCUCCGUGGCCAAUGUGAGUAAGACAUUUAAGUGUGUUAACCCUCGCAAGGCUGCCGACCCAGACAGCAUUCCUAGCCGCGUCCUCAGAGCAUGCGCAGACCAGCUGGCUGGAGUGUUUACGGACAUAUUCAAUCUCUCCCUAUCCCAGUCUGCUGUCCCCACUUGCUUCAAGAUGUCCACCAUUGUUCCUGUACCCAAGAAAGUAAAGGUAACUGAACUAAAUGACUAUCAUCAUGAAGUGCUUUGAGAGGCUAGUUAAGGAUCAUAUCACCUCCACAUUACCUGACACCCUAGACCAACUUCAAUUUGCAUACCGCCCCAACAGAUCGCUCUGCACACUGCCCUAUCCCAUCUGGACAAGAGGAAUACCUAUGUAAGAAUACUGUUCAUUGACUACAGCUCAGCCUUCAACACCAUACUAUCCUCCAAGCUCAUCAUUAAGCUCGCGGCCCUGGAUCUGAACCCUGCCCUGUGCAACUAGGUCUUUGACUUCCUAACGGGCCGCCCCCAGGUGGUGAACGUAGGAAACAACACCUCCACUGCGCUGAUCUUCAACACAGGGGCUCCACAAAGGUGCGUGCUCAGCCCACUCCUGUACUCCCUGUUCACCCAUGACUGCGUGGCCACGCAUGCCUCAAACUCAAUCAUCAAGUUUGUAGACGAUACAACGGUAGUAGGCCUGAUUACCAACAAUGAUGAGACAGCCUACAGGGAGGAGGUGAGGGCCCUGGCUCUCCAGAGGGUGGUGCAGUCUGCCCAACGCAUCACCGGGGGCACACUGCCUGCCCUCCAGGACACCUAAAGCACCCGAUGUCACAGGAAGGCCAAAAAGAUCAUCAAGGACAUCAACCACCCAAGCCACGGCCUGUACACCCACUAUCAUCCAGAAGGUGAGGUCAGUACAGGUGCAUCAAAGCUGGGACCAAGAGAAUGAAAAACAGCUUAUAUCUCAAGGCCAUCAGACUGUUAAAUAGCCAUCACUAGCAACUCCGGACUCCGACAUUGCUUGUCCUAAUAUUUAUAUAUUUCUUAAUUCCAUUCUUUUACUUUUAGUUUUGUGUGUAUUGUUGUGAUUUGUUAGAUAUUACUGCACUGUUGGAGCUAGGAACACCAGCAUUUCACUACACAUGCAAUAACAUCUGCUAAAUAUGUGUAUGCGACCAAUAACAUUUGAUUUGAUUUGAUUCGAUGCCCCUUGACUUAUUCCACAUGUUUUUGUGUUACAGCCUGAAUUCAAAAUGGAUUAAAUAUUAUUUUUUUCUCACCCAUCUACACACAAUACCCCAGAAUGACAAAGUGAAAACAUGUUUAGAAUUUUUUAUUCUUUUUUACAUGUGAGUUUUUCUGGGUAAGUCUUUGAGAGCUCUGUCAAAUUGGUUGUUGAUCAUUUCUAGACAACCAUUUUCAGGUCUUGCCAUAGAUUUUCAAGUAGAUUUAAGUCAAAGCUGUAACUCGGCCACUCAGGAACAUUCACUGUCUUCUUGGUAAGCAACUCCAGUGUAGAUUUGGCCUUGUGUUUUAGGCUAUUGUCCUGCUGAAAGGUGAAUUCAUCUCCCAGUGUCUGGUGGAAAGCAGACUGAACCAGUUUUUCCUCUUGGAUUUUGCCUGUGCUUAGCUCCAUUCCGUUUCUUUUUUAUCCUGAAAAACUCCCCAGUCCUUAACGAUUACAAGCAUUUUUUGACAGUAUUACUUUAGUGCCUUGUUGCAAACAGGAUGCAUGUUUUGGAAUAUUUUAUUCUGUACAGGCUUCCUUCUUUCACUCUGUCAAUUAGGUUAGUAUUGUGGAGUAACUACAAUGUUGCUGAUCCAUCCUCACUUUUCUCCUAUCACAGCCAUUAAACUCUGUAACUGUUUUAAAGUCACCAUUGAUCUCAUGGUGAAAUCCCUGAGCGGUUUCCUUCUUCUCCAGCAACUGAGUUAGGAAGGACACCUGUAUCUUUGUAGUGACUGGAUGUAUUUUGAUACACCAUCCAAAGUGUAAUUAAUAACUUCACCAUGCUCAAAGGGCUAUUCAAUGUCUGCUUUAUCUUUUUUUACCCAUCUACCAAUAGGUAUGCGAGGCAUUGGAAAACCUCCCUGGUCCUUGUGGUUGAAUCUGUGUUUGAAAUGCACUGCUCGACUGAGGGACCUUACAGAUAAUUGUACGUGUGGGGGUACAGAGAUGAGGUAGUCAUUCAAAAAUCACGUUAAACACUGUUAUUGCACACAGAGUGAGUCCAUGCAACUUAUUCUGUGACUUGUUAUGCACAUUUCUACUCCUGAACUUUUUUAGGCUUGCUAUAACAAAAGUGUUGAAUACUUAUUGACUCAAGACAUCUCAGAUUUUCAUUUGUAAUUAAUUUAAAAAAAAAAAAAAAAAAUCAUGAUUCCACUUUGACAUUAAUUAUUGGGUAUUGUGUGUAGGCCAGUGACAAAUAAUCUAAAUUUAAUCAAUUUCAAAUUUAGGCUGUAACACAACAAAAUGUGGAAAAAGUCAUGGGGUGUGAAUACUUUCUGAAGGCACUGUAUACAAUGGUUUAACCUGUGCUUUUCAAUUAGUUACACAAGUCAAAAAGAGGGCAGUAGGGUUUUUUUAUGUUGAAAGAAGCUCAUGUGCAACUAUGAAAGUAUACAUUUUGUAGUGAUGUUACUGUAUUGUGUUUUCCCAAAGGGUUAACGGAUUGGAGCCAGUGGUAGAUAGAACAGUAAAAAGACCAGAACGUAACAUACCUGUAUGUGGUUCUAUUAUGCUCACAUGAUGUACUGCAGCAUUUAGUAAUGUUUCUGCUAUUGUAAGCUCGACAGAAUUCUCUCACCUUAUGCUAUACAUAAGAUAUUUUCAAGAUUGUAAAUAAAAAAAGUACCAUUGCACUCUCCCAGAAGUUUGGUUGGUGCAUAACAGCUGUGAAUUCAGAUAAAUAAUCAAGUUUGAUGGAUCCGCACUCAAAAUGAUGUCACAUAAAGCUUAAUUCAUUUUCCAUAUUUAUUUUUAUUUUUACUGCAUCAGGAAAGUAAACACAGACGUUUCAGCGUAACAGCCUUCUUCAGUGUGUAGGUAAAACAAUUUUCAAUCAUGAACAACAUUUGUAGAGAACACAGAUUGUGAGUUAAUUUGAUGGUCGUGGCAUAAAACUGUCCUCCACUGAUUUGUACAGUCAAUGUUUGCUCAAACGCUAAACUAUCUAUCUAUUUCUUUCCAUCCUCUCCUCUUCCCCUCUUUCCUUCUUCCUUUCCAGAAAGUCUUUUCCGUCUCAGCAUGCCACACUGGCAUCCUUUGCCGCCGUCUACAUCUCUGUGAGUAAUCAUCACACUCACACAAACACUCUACAGUAUCACUCUCCUUCUUGGUCAAAUAGCCCUUACACAGCCUGGAGGUGGGUUGGGUCAAUGUCCUGUUGAAAAACAAAUUAUAGUCCCACUAAGCGCAAACCAGAUGGGAUGGUGUAUCGCUGUAGAAUGCUGUGGUAGUCAUGCUGGUUAAGUGUGCCUUGAAUUCUAAAUAAAUAACUGACAGUGUCACCAGCAAAGCAUCCCCACACAAUCACACCUCCUCCUCCAUGCUUCACGGUGGGAACCACACAUGCGGAGACCAUCUGGUCACCCACACCGCGUCUCACAAAGACACGGCGGUUGGAACCAAAAAUCUCAAAUUUGGACUCAUCAGACCAAAGGACAGAUUUCCACCGGUCUAAUGUCCAUUGCUUGUGUUUCUUGGCCCAAGCAAGUCUCUUCUUCUUAUUGGUGUCCUUUAGUAGUGGUAUCUUUGCAGCAAUUCGACCAUGAAGGCCUGAUUCACGCAGUCUCCUCUGAACAGUUGAUGUUGAGAUGUGUUACUUUAACUCUGUGAAGCAUUUAUUUGGACUGCAAUUUCUGAGGCUGGUAACUCUAAUGAACUUAUCCUCUGCAGCAGAGGUAACUCUGGGUCUUCCAUUCCUGUGGCAUCCUCAUGAGAGCCAGUUGCAUCAUAGCGCUUGAUGUUUUUUGCGACUGCACUUGAAGAAAAUUUAAAACUUCUUGAAAUUUUCCGGAUUGACUGACCUUCAUGUCUUAAAGUAAUGAUGGACUGUUAUUUCUCUUUGCUUAUUUGAGCUGUUGUUGCCAUAAUACGGACUUGGUCUUUUACCAAAUAGGGCUAUCUUCUGUAUACCCCCUCUACCUUGUCACAACACAACUGAUUGGCUCAAACACAUUAAGAAGGAAAGAAAUUCCACAAAUGAACUUUUAACAAGGCACACCUGUUAAUUGAAAUGCUUUCCAGGUGACUACCUCAUGAAGCUGGUUGAGAGAAUGCCAAGAUUGUGCAAAGCUGCCAUUAAGGCAAAGGGUGGCUACUUUGAAGAAUCUAAAAUAUAACAUAUAUUUUGAUUUGUUUAACACUUUUUUGUUUACUACAUGAUUCCAUAUGUGUUAUUUCAUAGUUUUGAUGUCUUCAGUAUUAUUCUACAAUGUAGAAAAUUGUAAAACAAAUAAAGAAAAACCCUUGAAUGAGUAUGUAACUUUUGACUGGUACUGUAUACUCUAUCUAUCUAUCUAUCUAUCUAUCUAUCUAUCUAUCUAUCUAUCUAUCUAUCUAUCUAUCUAUCUAUCUAUCUAUCUAUCUAUCUAUCUAUCUAUCUAUCUAUCUAUCUAUCUAUCUAUCUAUCUAUCUAUCUAUCUAUCUAUCUAUCUAUCUAUCUAUCUAUCUAUCUAUCUAUCUAUCUAUAUCUAUCUAUAUCUAUAUAUAUAGGGGUGGGUUGGGGUCGGGGUGAGGAACCUACAUCUGAUUCAGGCCAACCUUUUUAUGUAGUCUAGGCCCCAAUGAUGUAGACUAGAAACCAAUAUUUUAUCAGAUCAAUUAUGCCAUUUGCAUGUUGUAUAUGUGGGUACUAUGUAGCUGUAUGCGUGUACUAUGUCGUUGUUUGUGUGUACUAUGUAGUUGUAUGAGUGUGCUAUGUAGUUGAAUACAGUGCCUUCAGAAAGUAUUUACAACCCUUUCCCCAUUUUGUUGUGUUACUAAGUGGGAUUAAAAUGAAUUGAAUUGUCAUUUUUUGUCAAUGAUCUACAGAAAAUACUAUGUAAUGUCAAAGUGGAAGAAAAUUUUACCUUUUACUACUAUGGGCUAAAUCAGGGUCACACAGUGUUUCUUGGUAGUCUUAAACAAAUCUACUUUGAAACAAAAGUAUACACAUCACACACAUGGUUCUGGGCUUGAAAAAAGAAGACACCUGUACCAUGUCAGCUAUAGAGUUGAAAUCUAUUCAAUUUUGAGUUUGCAUCACAAUAUUACACUUUAUAUAGAAGUUUCAGAAGACUGAAAUAUACAGUGAGGGAAAAAAGUAUUUGAUCCCCUGCUGAUUUUGUACGUUUGCCCACUGACAAAGACAUGAUCAGUCUAUAAUUUUAAUGGUAGGUUUAUUUGAACAGUGAGAGACAGAAUAACAACAACAAAAUCCAGGAAAACGCAUGUCAAAAAUGUUAUAAAUUGAUUUGCAUUUUAAUGAGGGAAAUGAGUAUUUGACCCCCUCUCAAUCAGAAAGAUUUCAGGCUCCCAGGUGUCUUUUAUACAGGUAACGAGCUGAGAUUAGGAGCACACUCUUAAAGGUUUCAUGAGCUGAAAUAAAAGAUCCCAGACAUUUUCCGUACACACACAAAGCUUAUUUCUCUCAAAUUUGUUUACAUCCCUGUUAGUGAGCAUUUCUCCUUUGCCAAGAUAAUCCAUCCAUUUUACAGGUAUGGCAUAUCAAGAAGCUGAUUAAACAGCAUGAUGAUUACACAGAUGCACCUUGUGCUGGGGACAAUAAAAAGCCACUCUAAAAUGUGCAGUUUUGUCACACAACACAAUGCCACAGAUGUCUCAAGUUUUGAGGGAGCAUGCAAUUGGCAUGCUGACUGCAGGAAUUUCCACCAAAACUGUUGCCAGAGAAUUGAAUGUUAAUUUUUCUACCAUAAGCAGCUUCCAAUAUAGUUUUUUGAGAAUUUUGCAGUGCAUCCAAUCUGCCUCACAACGGUAGACCACUUGUAACCACGCCAUCCCAGGACCUCCACAUUCGGCUUCUUCACCUGCAGGAUCGUCUGAGUCCAGACACCCGGAUAGCUGAUGAAACUGUGGGUUUGCACAACCAAAUAAUUUCUCCACAAACUGUCAGAAACCAUCUCAGGGAAGCUCAUCUGCGUGCUCGUUGUCCUCACCAGAAUCUUGACCUGACUGCAGUUCGGCGUCGUAACCGACUUCAGUGGGCAAAUGCUCACCUUCGAUGGCCACUGGCAUGAUGGAGAAGUGUGCUCUUCACGGAUGAAUCCCGGUUUCAACUGUACCGGGCAGAUGGCAAACAGCAUGUAUGGUGUCGUGUGGGCGAGCGGUUUGCUGAUGUCAACGUUGUGAACAGAGUGCCCCAUGGUGGCGGUGGGGUUAUGGUAUGGGCAGGCAUAAGUUAUGGACAACGAACAGAAUUUCAUUUUACUGAUGGCAAUUUGAAUUCACAGAGAUACCCUGACGAGAUCCUGAGGCCCAUUGUCGUGCCAUUCAUCUGCCACCAUCACCUCACGUUUCAGCAUGAUAAUGCAAUUCUUGGAAGCUGAAAAUGUCCCAGUUCUUCCAUGGCUGCAUACUCACCAGACAUGUCACCCAUUGAGUAUGUGUGGGAUGCUCUGGAUCGACGUAUACGACAGCGUGUUCCAAUUCCCGCCAAUAUCCAGCAACUUCACGUAGCCAUUGAAGAGGAGUGGGACAACAUUCUACACGCCACAAUCAACAGCCUGAUCAACUCUAUUCGAAGGAGAUGUGUCGCGCUGCAUGAGGCAAAUGGUGGUCACACCAGAUACUGACUGGUUUUCUGAUCCACGCGCCUACCUUUUUUAAAAAGGUAUCUGUGACCAACAGAUGCAUAUCUGUAUUUCCAGUCAUGUGAAAUUCAUAGAUUGGGGCCUAAUUAAUUUAUUUCAGUUAACUGAUUUCCUUAUAUGAACUGUUAACUCAGUAAAAUCUUUGAAAUUGUUGCAUGUUGCGUUUAUAUUUUUGUUCAGUGUAUCUUGAUUGGAUAAGGAUUCAACCCCCUGAGUCAAUACAUGUUAGAAUCACCUUUGGCAGCAAUUACAGCUAUGUCUUUCUGGGUAAGUCUCUAAAAGCUUUGCGCACCUGGAUUGUUCAUUAUUUGCCCAUUAUCCUUAAAAAAAUUAUUCAAGCACUGUCAAGUUGGUUGUUGAUGUCACGUUCGUUGAAUGACGGGUCAGACCAAGGCGCAGCGUGAUAUGCGUACAUGUUUAUUGAACUUAAUAAACACACGACAAAACAACAAAGGAAACGAAACGUGAAGUCCAAGGUAGCACACACAACAUACCUUAACCGGAACAAGAUCCCACAACCCACUAGUGCCAAUAGGCUGCCUAAGUAUGAUCCCAAAUCAGAGACAACGAGCUACAGCUGCCUCUGAUUGGGAACCACACUGGCCAACAUAGAUCUACACAUAAUAGAUCGAAACAUAGAACACACACAACAAAGAAUAUACACACCCUGACUCAACAUUUAAGCGUCCCCUGAGUCAGGGCGUGACAGUACCCCCCCCCCCCCCCCUGACCGCACAACAUAAACAUAACAGGGUAGGGGCCGGGUGGGCAUUCCGCCUCGGAGGCGGAUCCGGCUCGGGGCGUGACGACCUCUCACUCUCCGCCUCCCUGUUGCGCCCCUGGUCUGGUCUGGACCUCGGCGCACUGCUUCCCCUCUCCUUCCUCCCACGAUACGCCAGGCCCUGUCUGGACCCUGGUGUGGGAGACCCCGAGCCUGGAGAGGGGCUGACGUCAUGGUCUGGACUGGAGCCACUGACCGGAGCUGGACUGGGCACCGGUGGAGCGGACUGCUCUGGCACCGGAGUGGAGUCGCUGACCGGAGCUGGAUCAGGCACCGGUGGAGCGGACUGCUCUGGCUCCGGAGUGGAGCCGCUGACCGGAGCUGGACUAGACCCCGGUGGAGCGGACUGCUCUGGCUCCGGAGUGGCGCAGCUGACCGGAGCUGGAUCAGGCACCGGUGGAGCAGACUGCUCUGGCUCCGGAGUGGAGCAGCUGACCGGAGCUGGAUCAGGCACCGGUGGAGCAGACUACUCUGGCUCCGGAGUGGAACAGCUGACCGGAACUGGAUCAGGCACCGGUGGAGCGGACUGCUUUGACUCCGGAGUGGAGCAGCUGACCGGUGCCGGACCAGGCACCGGUGGAACGGGCACGGGCCGUGCCGGACUGGACAAACGCACCACUGGUCUGGUGCGAGGAGCAGGCACGGGCCGGACCGCACUAGGAACACGCACCACUGGCUUGGUGCGAGGGGCAGGAACGGGCCGGGCCGGACUGGCGACGCGCACCACUGGCUUGGUGCGAGGAGCAGGAACAGGCCGGGCCGGGCCGGACUGGACUGGCGACGCGCACCACUGGCUUGGUGCGAGGAGCAGGAACAGGCCGGGCCGGGCUGGUGACGCGCACCACUGGCUUGGUGCGAGGAGCAGGAACAGGCCGGGCCGGGCUGGCGACGCGCACCACUGGCUAAUGCGAGGAGCAGGAACAGGCCGGGCCGGACUGGAGACGCGCACCACUGUCUUGGUGCGAGGAGCAGGAACAGGCCUGGCCGGGCUGGCGACGCGCACCACUGGCUUGGUGCGAGGAGCAGGAACAGGCCGGGCCGGGCUGGCGACGCGCACCACUGGCUUGGUGCGAGGAGCAGGAACAGGCCGGGCCGGGCUGGCGACGCGCACCACUGGCUUGGUGCGAGGAGCAGGAACAGGCCGGGCCGGACUGUGGAGGCGGACUGGAGGUCUAGAGUGGAGAGCUGGCACAACCCGUCCUGGCUGGCUGCCCACUUUCGAACUACACGUACGGGGUGCUGGCACAGGACGCACUGGGCUGUGCACGCGCACUGGCAAUACAGUUCGUAGAACUGGCGCAGGAUAUGCGGGACCGAGGAGGCGUUCUGGAGACCAGGAGCGUUGAGCCGGCACACCCCGUCCUGGCUGGAUGCCCAUCUUCGCACGGCACGUGCGUGGUGCAAGUACAGAACGUACAGGACUGUGCCGGCGCACUGGCGACACAGUACGUAGCUCCGCAUAACACGGAGCUUGCCCAGUCAUACGCCUCUUUGCGUGAGUACGGGGAGUUGGCUCUGCUCUAACCCUAGGCUCCGCCAACCACCCUGUGUGCCCCCCCAAAAAAUUGUUUUUUAUUGGGGCUGCUUCUCGGGCUUCCUCCUCGACCGGCCUCCUCCGUGUUGCCGUUGCUCCUCUCCUGCCUGGGCAUCUAACUUAGCCCAUGGUCCUUUCCCCGCAAAUAUCUCCUCCCAUGACCACAAUUUGGCCACCUGUGACAUGGCCAUCCGCUCCACCUGGGCACGCUGCUUGGUCCUCGUUUGGUGGGAUCUUCUGUCACGUUCGUUGAAUGACGGGUCAGACCAAGGCGCAGCGUGAUAUGCGUACAUGUUUAUUGAACUUAAUAAACACACGACAAAACAACAAAGGAAACGAAACGUGAAGUCCAAGGUAGCACACACAACAUACCUUAACCGGAACAAGAUCCCACAACCCACUAGUGCCAAUAGGCUGCCUAAGUAUGAUCCCAAAUCAGAGACAACGAGCUACAGCUGCCUCUGAUUGGGAACCACACCGGCCAACAUAGAUCUACACAUAAUAGAUUGAAACAUAGAACACACACAACAAAGAAUAUACACACCCUGACUCAACAUUUAAGCGUCCUCUGAGUCAGGGCGUGACAGUUGAUCAUUGCUAGACAGACAUUUGCCAUAGAUGUCUUGCCAUAGAUGUUCUUGCCAAUUUAACUCAAUACUGUAUCUAGGCCACACAGAAAAAUGUAAUGUCAUCUUGGUAAGCAACUCCAGUGUAUAUUUGGUAAUUGUCCUGCUGAAAGGUGAAUUUGUCUCCCAGUGCCUGCUGGAAAGCAGACCGAACCAAGAUUUCCUCUAGGAGUUUGCCUGUGCUUAGCUCUAUUCCGUUUAUUUUUAUCCUAAAAAACUCCCUAGUCCUUGCAGAUGACAAGCAUACCCAUAACAUGAUGCAGCCACCCCCAUGCUUGAAAAUAUGAAGAGUGGUACUCAGUGAUGUGUUGUGUUUGAUCUGUCCCAAACAGAUAAAAAUAAAAAGUAAAAUGUUUUGGCACAUUUUUUGCAGUAUUAUUUUAUUCUGUACAAGCUUCCUUCUUUUCACUCUGUCAUUUAUGUUAGUAUAGUGGAGUUACUACAAUGUUGUUAAUCCAUCCUCAGUUAUCUCCUGUCACAGCCAUUAAACUCUAUAACUGUUUUAAAAUCACCAUUGGCCUCAUGGUGAAAUCCCUGAGCACCUGCAUCUUUUUAGUGACAGGUUGUAUUGAUACACCAUCCAAAGUGUAAUUAAUAACUGCACAAUGCUCAAAUGGAUAUAUAUUUUUGUCCAUCUAGAAAUAGGUGCCCUUUGCGCACCAUUGGAAACCUCCCUGGUCUUUGCGGUUGAAUCUGUGCCUGAAAUUCACUGCUUGACUGAGGGACCUUACAUAUAAUUGUAUCUGUUGGGUACAGAGAUGGGGUAGUCAUUGUUAAGAAAUCAUGUUAAACACUAUUAUUGCACACAGAGUGAGUCUAUGCAACUUAUUAUGUGACUUGUUAAGCACAUUCUUACUCAUGAACUUAUUUAGGCUUGCCAUAACAAAAGGGUUGAAUACUUCUUGACUCAAGACAUUUCAGCUUUUGAUUUUUAAUUAAUUUGUAAACAUUUCUAAAAACAUAAUUCCACUUUGACAUUAUGGAGUAUUGUGUGUAAAUCAAUGAAACAAAAUCUCAAUUUAAUCAAUUUUAAAUUCAGGCUGUAACACAACAAAAUGUGGAAAAAGUCAGUACUUUCUGGGCACUCUAGGUCCACUAUGUAGUCUAUAUAGUAUUUUAGCUUUUACAUACAGCACAUCCAAUACAUCACACUGUCAGACCGAAUAUCUAUAAACGUCUCCCAUAAUCCUCAAGGUUAGACUAACAACAGAAGUGUUUUCCUGCACCACUAUAGCAGAUGAGUCUGUAAAUGCUGACAGGCACUAAAGAACCCAAAGCCUCAGGUGCCUGAGGGUAGAUGAUGCAUGCCGCUAGGCCGCAUUAGCCACUACUCACAGGAGAGACAGUAGCCGACCUGGGUUCAAAUAGUAUUUGUUGUAUUUUGACUACUUUAGCUACACUUGAUCAAGCUUACCUUGUGCAUUGGAAACCAAAGGAGUAGUCCCAAAAGUGCCACAAAAAAAAAAUAUAUAUAUAUAUCUGACACUCCAGGAAGGCUAUAUCAAACGCUGAAAUUUUUUGAAAACAAAUACUAUUUGAACCCAGGUCUGAACAGUAGCGAGCACUGGCUGUGUCCACAGUAGGGGCUGGUAGUAAUAAAUCUGCUGUAAUAAAGUCGCUUUGAGGGGGAGGAUGCUGGAUGCUGACUCACAGCUGCUGGAACACGACCAGACAAUCAUACUAUACAAAUCCAGAAAAUGUGUCCCAAAUGGCACCAUAUUCCCUACAUAGUGCACUGCUUUAGACCAGAGCUCUAUGGGCCCUGGUCAAACGUAGUGCACAAUUAUAGGUAAUAGGAUCCCAUUUGGGAUGCACACAGUUCUUUCUCAUAGGGGGAGACAUGCAGCAGCAUCUAGAGCUAAAUGAAUGGAUUUGCAUGGAGCUGUGUGGUUUAAUGUGCUUAGUUGACAUUUUUUAAUGGAAAGGCAUGGCAAUGUUAUUCAUUCAUGUAGGCCUAGUUGUGGUUUAAAAUCUCGCAGACAAUGUGGAUUGUUGCAUAAGGAUUUCAGCCACAAGCUAAGGUAGCUGAGUCAAUUGCAGUUGUUGAUGAUGAUAAUGAUGAUGAUGAUGAUGAUGAUGAUGAUGAUGAUGAUGAUGAUGAUGAUGAUGAUGAUGAUGAUAAUGAUGAUGAUGAUCUCAACAACGACAAUUAUGAUGAUGAUGACAUGAAUGACGAUAAUGAUAAUGAUGAUAUUGAUGAUGACAAUGCCUUUGUGUCCUUGGUCAUCUGUAGAUGUACUUCAACAGCACACUGACUGAGUCUUCUAAACUACUGAAACCUCUGCUGGUCUUCUCCUUCAUCAUCUGUGCUAUCAUUUGUGGGCUGACCCGGAUCAUCCAAUACAAGAACCAUGCUAUUGAUGUCUACCUGGGCUUUCUGCUGGGCGGGGGAAUAGCUGUCUACUUAGUACGUUCUGCUGAUACUUUCUUAGAGAUACUUCUUAUUGUUUGUGUUUUAUGGUAUAUAGACUGCUACAGAUAGCUAUUUUACUGAUGAAAAAUCCUCAUUUGAUGUACAGUUGCUACAGUACUUGUUUGUUUGAAAGGAUUUGGACUGAAGAGAUUGUGUGUAUGAGAGAUCCUAUUUUAAAGCUCUGUCUCUCCUCUGUCUCCAGAGUCUUUAUGCAGUGGGGAACUUUCAGCCCAAUGAGGAUAGCUGCAACUGCCCUCCUCCCCAGCCCUGUGUUCCCUGUCCUUUACCUCACAUCAGCCAGGAGGCAGUGCGCCAUUUACAGGUGAAGAGCUGCAGCGGCAAUAUGGACGGCCUCUCUACCUCCCACUCUGAGGGCAUCCUCCACCAUAACCCCCACCACCGAGACCCCUCCUCUGGUUCCCUCACCAACCUGAAGAGGUCCAGCGCUGACGUGGAGGUCAUAACCUCACCCCGCAGCCCCAUGGGAAAGGAGAGCAUGGUGACUGUUUAUUGAAUGUAAUUAGUAUGCUUGCUUCAGCAAGACCACAGCAGAUAUUCAACAUACUUUAUUUUACUAUAUUGGUCUUUCAGUAUUUUUACAGGUUACUAAAAAUAGUUAUUAAAAACAUUUUGCUGUAACAUAACUUAAACAAUUAUUUUGAAUAAAUAAGGUUACAAAUUGCUACCCUCAGGUGACGUUCAGCCACACCCUUCCCCGUGUCCACACCCCAGCGAUGGACACCGGCACGCGCCGCAACACCACCAUCCACCAUAGUCACCAUGUCUCCAUGGACUCCUCCCGCUCCAAACAGCUCCUCUCUCAGUGGAAGAGCAAGAACCAAGAGAGCCGAAAGCACUCCCUGCAGGUUAAACAAUUAAUACAAUUUAUAAUUUUAUAACUAAUGAUAUGUUUAUAUAAUGCUUGUUUCUUCUCAUCUUUAAACGCAUUGAAAUGCAUCUUUCUUUCUGAAAUGAAAAGAGCUAUAGAAGUUGAAUAAAUAUGUUUUCGUCUUCUUCUUUUUCUUCUUCUUAUUAGGUGAUGGAGGGCGAGGUGGCCCAGUCACCCCACCACCGGGGGAGCAUGGACUCCAUGAGGUACAGCUCCGAGCCCUCGGCCGUGGGGAUAAACGGUGUCGAUCUGCCAACGCAGUAUGUGAAGCUAGCCACCGGGGCCAGCACCACACUACCCAGAGACUGCAGCGGCAUCACAGGAGGGGCCAGAGUCUCUAUGCAGUCCCGACCUGGUUCUUCACAGCUGGUCCAUAUCCCAGAGGAGACCCAUGAGAACCUCAACAACCCCUUGCCCAAGAUGGGUGGGGGAGAUGUAGGCGGCGGUGAUAUAUACAAUAGUGGGGCUCAUGUUAACUGGGUGAAGGCGGCUGAGAAGGCAAAUGCCCCAUGCAUGACUAUCAAUGGCAGCCAGCAGCCGCGGAUCAUGCAGGUGAUUGCCAUGUCCAAACAGCAGGGUCUGCUUCAGACUCAUUCCAAGAGCAUGGACGAGGGCUGCAUGGACGGCUACACCGGAGGGUCCCUCCGCUAUAGAGCCCUGAAAGAACCAAAUCCCAUGGGCACGACAUGCAGCACGUUGGGCAGCUCCGUGGGCAGCAUCUCAGGCAGCACUGGAGCCAUCGUGAGGGUGGACGCCCAUCCUGAGAACAACAACAACCCCAUGGUUCAUGCCCCUUCGACGGAUAUUAGCAGUGGCGGUUCCUGGAAGACCUGGAGGUCCCAGGACCAGUGUGGGGGUGGUGGUAUCAGUGGGUGCAGCCAGGGCCAGUCCUUCGAGCUGAAUGACCUGAACAGAGAUUCAGAGAGCUGCGAGUCCCUGUCCAUGAGGGACGGCUCCAUUGGCUCCAUAGACAGGAGGAGACAGGCGAAUCCCACUGCUGCCACCAAUGCACAGAACGCAGGGGGCGGGGAGCACUCCCUCCACCUGCAGCAGGGCAUCACCACCAUCAGAGUGACCCCAGUAGAGGGGGGUGAGGUCCCCUCAGAGCCCCACUCUGUGACCUCCAGCCGGGACUCCACGCUCCGGAGGAAAGGGAAAGGGAAUAUCAUCCUGAUCCCAGAGCGAGGGAACAGCCCGGAUAACACCAGGAACGUUUUCUACAAGGGGACUUCAUCAACACCCGGUCUGUAGAGAAGAGUGUGGUCACUUGGCUGUCUCCCAAAUGGCACUGUAUUCCCUAUAUAGUACCUGCUUUUGACCAGGACCCAUAGGGAUCUGGUCAAAAGUAGUGCACUAUAUAGGAAAGAGGGUGCCAUUUGGCAUACUGCCCUUGUUCACUUGGAUGUUGACUGAAUUUUCAAGAAAAUAACAGUGUCAGUGGGAGGGAUUGUUGCACUGUUGGGGAUGUUGACCUCUCCCACUGCAUCUGUGAUAAGAGCCAAUCCAUCUCCAAACGUAUCCAGAUACAUUUUAUUAGUCACAAAGCAGGCUUUAUUCAGCAUGAUAUUUGUAAUUGUUCCCACAAAAGCACAACCUUGUUGGUGUUGUAGAGUGGUUUACUAUGUUCUUAUGUACUCUAAUAGAAGCAUAAUAACACUGGAAUUGUGUCCAAUUUGAAAUAUUUUCAAAAGUGGGUUAUCAAAGUUUUUGUUUUCCUUUUUUUCCGCAAAGUUCCAUACUACCCCUAUGUAAUGUUUUAGUGGGAUAUUCCAAAGUUGUGCACCAUAACUAUAUAAACGAAAAUCCUUUAAUUGCCUGCAUCGUAAAUCGUUUUGAACUUGGUGCUAAACCACCCACACUAUUUAGAUCAGUGUUGUCAAAAUUAUUUUGCCCCUGUGCCUGCAUUAGGGAUUCAAAAAUUAGUUAUAUUUCCUCGCCGUCAAAAUUUGCAAGAAAUAGUCCUCUAUCCAUCAAUUCUGAAAUGUUCAAUGCUCCCUGACUGUCUGGCUUUCAUUUUGGUGAUAAUUAGCGAGCUGGACACAGUCAAGAAACUGUAUGAAUGUAGGACCAUUAUCAUUUCUACCCAGUUUGAUUUAGUUUUAGUAAUUUUUAAGUAUAUUGAGUUCUUACUCAAACCACCCACAGGCCGGAAUGGACCCCCGUAUGUUUGACACCCCGGAUUUAGAUGAAAUACUGUGCAUAGAGUACAAAUAAAUAGACAGAAAAUUAGGAACUUGAUAUAGUUAGGAACUACCUUUUGUAUUAUUUGCUGUAUAGAUGCCACAUACCCUAGAGACAACUGUGUUGAUGACCAUAAGUGCUUAGCAUUCCUACUGUAGCUAAAUUCAAUAUGCUGUGAACUGCACAAAAACUGUGGUUCCUACACCUUUAUAUUCAAUGACCAGGUUGUGUUUGUUCUAUCACAAUAACACUGUUUGGAUUUAUUCUACCAACAUACUGUACAUGAUUUACAUAGUGGCUGCAUCCCAAAUGGCCAACUUGGACUCAGGGGUAGACGUAACAUAGUAAAAGUAAAUCUGUCUCCCUCCAUUUGUCAUGAUAUGUUACGAAUCGUAUGGUAUGUAUUAAUUUGUGUAUGUCCAUCAUCCAUUUCGUAUGAUACGUUACGAAUUGCAAUUCGUACCAUAUGUUACAAAUUUGCAAUAUGUAUGAUAUGUUACGAAUUCCAAUUUGUUGUGGCUAACGUUAGCUAGCUAGGUGGCUAGGUGGUUACCGUUAGCUAGGCUAGGGGUUAGGGGUUAAGGUUAGGGUUAAGGUUAAGGUUAGGAGUUAGUGUUAGGUGUUAGUGGAAGGGUUAGCUAACAUCUUAAGUAGUUGCAAAGUAGCAAAAAAAUAGUAAGUAUUUGCAAAGUUGCUAAUUAGCGAAAAUGCAAAAAUGGUCUUGAAGUGAUUCAAACAAUGCAACCUUUCAGUUGCAGGCGUUCACCUUAUACGAUGAGCCGUCCACCCCGACCAACCUCCCUCCAUUUGUUAUCCUUAUGUCUUAUGUAACCAUACCAAACGUAACAUAUCGUACUAAUUUGACUGUCACAGGUUUAUGUUUACUACAGUAUGUUACGUCUUGUCUUUGAGGCUAGGCUGAAAUGGCACACUAUUCCUGAUAUAUGUAGGGAAUAGGGUGCUAUUUGGGACUCAAAAAGCUGUGUGUGUGUGUGUGUGUAAACUGUCAUGCAGACUACACUGAUAUAUUGGCCGGUUUAAAAUGCUCAUUCUACUUUCUUUACAAAUCUUUCUUAGUAGCAUUUGAGUCAUAGGCUCUGGGUAUCAUGACUGAAACUGUCUCUGUAAAACACUGUGCUUCUCUGUGAUAUAAGUUACACUGUAGCAGAGGACAGAGGUAUUCUGUUCACUCCUUGUAUAUUUUACAGUUGAGUAGACACAGUAAAGGUAAAGUGGUGAUUCUUGUACAUGUUAUCUAUUGAUGACAAGAGUGUACUUUUACUCCAGGCUUUUUCUUCUGCUUUUGACUUCUAUUUUAUCUUGGGUUACGAUUCCAUUUUAUAUUUCAGAUAAUUUUCCAUUGCAAGGACCUUAAUACUGUAUUAAUUAUUAAACUGUGCAUAUCAAUCAUAUCUAAUUGAGGUUUUAUUCUAGCUACUAUAAGAAGGAUUUGACCCAAUGUUAUGAGACUGUGAUCUAUGAGGUAUUUUUAGACUGCUUUUCUUUCCUUUUAUUACUUUUGAAUAAUGAACUAUUUGUGCCAAAGGCUAUCUUUAACGAAACAUAUUUAUAUAUCAAGCCUAUUCUAUAUUACUAAUUUAAGCAAUGUAGCCCUCUGCAUGGUCAUUCUGAGAUGCUGUAGAACAUAGAGUAUUAUUGUAAAUGAUGCCUUUAUCCAAUUGUUCGUAUAAAAAAAGAAACAAGUUGAUUGACAAUCUUUUUAACAAGAUAUACAGUAUAUUAUCAUAUCAGGUCCCUAUUUUUCAGGUUGUUUUUUUAAUUUGAUAGAUUGUAACUGAAAAUGAGAACUGGUUCUCAAUCAAUAUAUGAAAUUGUAGGUAAUGUUUGGUAUAUAUAAAGUGUGUUAUUUAUUAUUACACUGUGGUCAAAGAGAAGAUAUUUAGAUAAAACUGGUGCAAAUUGAGAAUGAAUGAUUUCUGCAUGCUUUCUAGGAUGUCCUUGGUUGGUUUAUCUCCACAAAUCCUUCUGAACAUUCGGUGCACAUGUAUCAGGGUAGAUGGCAAUUGUGUGUUGUCUCAAUAUUGGAAUAAAUGUUUGCUAUAGAGAACCCAGCAUUCUUGCUCCUCUGAUUUGAAGUGCAAUAUUGAUGCCAGUUACUUCCCAAAGUACAUCUUGUGAGUGUCACGACCGUCUUCCAAAUGAGUAGACCAAAGCGCAGCGCGUUGAGCGAACAUGACUUUAUUAAUUCAAAGUCUGGAACAAAACAACAAAACAAGAACGAUUCGUGAAGUCCUCUGCAAUACUGACAGAACAUGGAACAAAAACCCACAACACCCAAAGGAAAACAUACAGAUAAAUAUGGCUCCCAAUCAGAGAUAACGAGCCGACAGCUGACACUCGUUACCUCCGAUUGGGAGUCACAUGACUACACAAGAACUAACCAAAACCACACACACCCAAAUGAACACACCCUAUUCCCAACCUAACCAAAACAAACCCCCACAAAACGAAUACACCCUGGCUCAAAUACAAGUCCCGGAGCCAGAGUGUGACAGUACCCCCCCCUAAAGGCGCGGACUGCGACCGCGCCUCAACUAGGGCUAACCAAGGGAGGGCUGGGUGGGCAUACCUCUUCGGCGGUGGUUCUGGCUCUGGUCGUGGUCCCCACCCCACCAUAGUCACUACCCCGCUUCCGUAGCCUCCUCCAACUGACCACCCUCCAACUUACCCCCACCGGAUUAAGGGGCAGCACCGGACUAAGAGGCAGCACCGGACUAAGGGUCAGCACCGGACUAAGGGGCAGCACCAGGAUAAGGGGCAGCACCAGACUAAGGGGCAGCACCGGACUAAGGGGCAGCACCGGACUGAAUGGCAGAUCCUGGCUGGCUGGCUCAUGGCUGGCUGACGGAUCUGGCUGCUCAUGGCUGGCUGACGGAUCUGGCUGCUCAUGGCUGGCUGACGGAUCUGGCUGCUCAUGGCUGGCUGACGGAUCUGGCUGCUCAUGGCAGGCUGACGGAUCUGGCUGCUCAUGGCUGGCUGACGGAUCUGGCUGCUCAUGGCAGGCUGACGGAUCUGGCUGCUCAUGGCUGGCGGAAGGCUCUGGCUGAUCCUGUCUGGCGGACGGCUCUGGCUGAUCCUGUCUGGCGGAAGGCUCUGGCUGAUCCUGUCUGGCGGAAGGCUCUGGCUGAUCCUGUCUGGCGGAAGGCUCUGGCUGAUCCUGUCUGGCGGAAGGCUCUGGCUGAUCCUGUCUGGCGGAAGGCUCUGGCUGCUCCUGUCUGGCGGAAGGCUCUAGCGGCUCCUGUCUGGCGGAAGGCUUUAGCGGCUCCGGUCUGGCGGACGGCUCUGAAGGCUCAUGGCAGACGGGCGGCUUUGCAGGCUCAGUACAGACGGGCAGUUCAUGCAGCGCUUGGCAGACGGACAGUUCAGACGGCGUUGGGCAGACAGGCAGUUCAGGCGCCUUUGGGCAGACGGGCAGUUCAAGCGCCGUUGGGCAGACGGGCAGUUCAGGCGCCGUUGGGCAGACGGGCAGUUCAGGCGCCGUUGGGCAGACGGCAGACUCUGGCCGGCCGAGACGCACUAUAGGCCUGGUGCGUGGUGCCGGAACUGGUGGUCCCGGGCUGAGGACACGCAUCUCAGGGCUAGUGCGGGGAGCAGCAACAGGCCGGGCUGGGCUGGCGACGCACACCGUAGUUCUAGUGCGUGGAGCAGGAACAGGCCGGACCGGGCUGGCGACGCACACCGUAGACUUGGUGCGGGUGGCAGGAACAGGCCGGACCGGGCUGGCGACGCGCACCGUAGACUUGGUGCGGGUGGCAGGAACAGGCCGGACCGGGCUGGCGACGCGCACCGUAGACUUGGUGCGGGUGGCAGGAACAGGCCGGACCGGGCUGGCGACGCGCACCGUAGACUUGGUGCGGGUGGCAGGAACAGGCCGAACCGGGCUGGCGACGCGCACCGUAGACUUGGUGCGGGUGGCAGGAACAGGCCGGACCGGGCUGGCGACGCGCACCGUAGACUUGGUGCGGGUGGCAGGAACAGGCCGGACCGGGCUGGCGACGCGCACCGUAGACUUGGUGCGGGUGGCAGGAACAGGCCGGACCGGGCUGUGGAGACGGAUAGGAGGCCUGGAGUGAACAGCGGCCACCACCCGUCCUGGCUGAAUGCCUACCCUCACACACUCUGUGUGAGGCAUCCGCACAGGACGUACAGGGCGGUGUACCCCUGGCCUGGUGGCCUCCUGGAUACUCCCCCUUUUCUCCUCCGUCAGCCCCGUCGUCCAUGCCGUGUGCCCCCCCCUAAAAAAUUUCUGGGGUUGACUCACGACCGUCCGACGACGACCCUGAUCACGCCGUAGCUCCUCUCUACGGCGCGCCUCCACCGUCUCACUCCAUGGCCGGCGAUCCAUCCCGGCCAGGAUUUCCUCCCAGGUCCAGGACCCCUGCCCGUCCAAGAUCUGCUCCCACGUCCAGGCUGCCUGCUCCUGGACACGCUGCUUGGUCUUGGUAUGGUGGGUUUUUCUGUCACGACCGUCUUCCAAAUGAGUAGACCAAAGCGCAGCGCGUUGAGCGAACAUGACUUUAUUAAUUCAAAGUCUGGAACAAAACAACAAAACAAGAACGAUUCGUGAAGUCCUCUGCAAUACUGACAGAACAUGGAACAAAAACCCACAACACCCAAAGGAAAACAUACAGAUAAAUAUGGCUCCCAAUCAGAGAUAACGAGCCGACAGCUGACACUCGUUACCUCCGAUUGGGAGUCACAUGACUACACAAGAACUAACCAAAACCACACACACCCAAAUGAACACACCCUAUUCCCAACCUAACCAAAACAAACCCCCACAAAACGAAUACACCCUGGCUCAAAUACAAGUCCCGGAGCCAGAGUGUGACAGUGAGUUGCAUAUCACUGAUCUAGUGCUUUACUGCAGUUAUGUUGUCUCAAUGUAGAAUAAGAAGCUUCUACUGCUAAACAUGCCAGAUUUUUUAGGUGGCAGCUCUUGAUGACAAAACUCUGGCUUCUUCACUGCCUGGAGGAGUUAGUGGUGGUGACGUUUGAUCAGAGCAUUCAGUGUUAUCAAAGACCUGCUUUGAGCAUCCUCCUGAAGUACUGAAGUCUUCCCUGUCUCAGGAUUACCUAGGUCAGAUAACAGACAGAUCUUGGCCGUGUCACAAAUGCCACUCUAUUCCCUAUAUAGUGUACCACUUUUGACCAGAGCCGUAUGGAUCCAGUCAAAAGUUGUGUAAGGAAUAGAGUGUCAUUUGAGACAUAGAUCUCCUCUCCUUUCUGCUUCUGUACUUGAUAGCAGGGGAGAUAAACACCAAAGCUAUUCAUACAUACAAAACCUUUUAUUAAACUUCAAUAAAGGAGCAUUCAUUUCACAGUUAUUUAAAGGCAGAUCGACAAAAAAGUAAAAUAUUUUCUCAGCUACUCUCACUCGCGCUCACUCGCGCAUGCACUCUAUUUCUAUCUAUCCAUCUCUUUCUCUCUUUCUCUUUCUCUCUCUCUAUCCCUAUCGCUCUCUUUCUCUCUCAUACACACACAAAUCUCACUGAGUGUAUAGGAGAAGCGGACCUGGUUAGCAUUGCCAAGUGUAAUUAUCAUCAUUGAGUCCAAUGUAGGUCAUUGAAUUGACCUACAUUAAAGGAGAACGCUCUCAGGGAAAUCUUAUCUUGGAGAAGGAAAUGGAAUGAUCUCAAGAAGAAGAGAGGCUGCAUGGAAAAACCAGUAUGGCUACAACACAACCACGUACUGUAUAUGUGAACUGGGUUUGGACACACACACACAGGCACACGCACACACACACCCCUUACGGAAAAACCACAUGAAUUGCACGUGAUCACGUGAUCUUUUGUGAUCACGUGAGCUUAUGUGAAGUUAAUGUUAUACAGUGGGGAUAAAAAGUAUUUAGUCAGCCACCAAUUGUGCAAGUUCUCCCACUUAAAAAGAUGAGAGAGGUCUGUAAUUUUCAUCAUAGGUACACGUCAACUAUGACAGACAAAUUGAGAAAAAAAAUCCAGAAAAUCACAUUGUAGGAUUUUUAAUGAAUUUAUUUGCAAAUUAUGGUGGAAAAUAAGUAUUUGGUCACCUACAAACAAGCAAGAUUUCUGGCUCUCACAGACCUGUAACUUCUUCUUUAAGAGGCUCCUCUGUCCUCCACUCAUUACCUGUAUUAGUGGCACCUGUUUGAACUUGUUAUCAGUAUAAAAGACACCUGUCCACAACCUCAAACAGUCACACUCCAAACUCCACUAUGGCCAAGACCAAAGAGCUGUCAAAGGACACCAGAAACAAAAUUGUAGACCUGCAUCAGGCUGGGAAGACUGAAUCUGCAAUAGGUAAGCAGCUUGGUUUGAAGAAAUCAACUGUGGGAGCAAUUAUUAGGAAAUGGAAGACAUACAAGACCACUGAUAAUCUCCCUCGAUCUGGGGAUCCACGCAAGAUCUCACCCCGUGGGGUCAAAAUGAUCACAAGAACGGUGAGCAAAAAUCCCAGAACCACACGGGGGGACCUAGUGAAUGACCUGCAGAGAGCUGGGACCAAAGUAACAAAGCCUACCAUCAGUAACACACUACGCCGCCAGGGACUCAAAUCCUGCAGUGCCAGACGUGUCCCCCUGCUUAAGCCAGUACAUGUCCAGGCCCGUCUGAAGUUUGCUAGAGUGCAUUUGGAUGAUCCAGAAGAGGAUUGGGAGAAUGUCAUAUGGUCAGAUGAAACCAAAAUAGAACUUUUUGGUAAAAACUCAACUCGUCGUGUUUGGAGGACAAAGAAUGCUGAUUGCAUCCAAAGAACACCAUACCUACUGUGAAGCAUGGGGGUGGAAACAUCAUGCUUUGGGGCUGUUUUUCUGCAAAGGGACCAGGACGACUGAUCCGUGUAAAGGAAAGAAUGAAUGGGGCCAUGUAUCGUGAGAUUUUGAGUGAAAACUUCCUUCCAUCAGCAAGGGCAUUGAAGAUAAAACGUGGCUGGGUCUUUCAGCAUGACAAUGAUCCCAAACACACCGCCCAGGCAACGAAGGAGUGGCUUCGUAAGAAGCAUUUCAAGGUCCUGGAGUGGCCUAGCCAGUCUCCAGAUCUCAACCCCAUAGAAAAUCUUUGGAGGGAGUUGAAAGUCCGUGUUGCCCAGUGACAGCCCCAAAACAUCACUGCUCUAGAGGAGAUAUGCAUGGAGGAAUGGGCCAAAAUACCAGCAACAGUUUGUGAAAACCUUGUGAAGACUUACAGAAAACGUUUGACCUGUGUCAUUGCCAACAAAGGGUAUAUAACAAAGUAUUGAGAAACUUUUGUUAUUGACCAAAUACUUAUUUUCCACCAUAAUUUGCAAAUAAAUUCAUUAAAAAUCCUACAAUGUGAUUUUCUGGAUUUUUUUUCUUCAAUUUGUCUGUCAUAUUUGACGUGUACCUACGAUGAAAAUUACAGGCCUCUCUCAUCUUUUUAAGUGGGAGAACUUGCACAAUUGGUGGCUGACUAAAUACUUUUUUUCCCCACUGUAACGUGACAACAUGUAAAGCAACAUGUGAUAGCAUGAAACUACACAUGUGAAAACAUUUGAGCACAUGCGAAAACAUGAUCUUAUGUUAAAUAAAUGUGACAACAUGGGGAUGCUAAAUUUCAACAUGUGAUACCAUGAAACUACAGAUGUGACAAUAUUUGAAAGUUUUUCACAUGUGAAAGUGCAAAUUCAAUUUUCACAUGUGAAAGUUUUCCACAUGUGAGAGUUAGGUUUUCACAUGUGCAAGUUUUUCAUGUGAAAAUGUACAUUUCAUUUUCACAUGUGAACGUUUUUCACAUGUGAAACUGCAAAUUCCACGUGAAUUUGCAAUUCACAUGUGAGGUGAAAACAUGUAAUUCUCCUCACAUGUGAAAAGGUGGUGUUAACAUGUGAACUCUAUAUUGAAUACAUGUGAACAUACUAUAUGGGUUUUAAGGUAAUUGGUAUGCUGUUCAGCUAAAAUAGUGUAAAAAUCUUUCAUCAAUGACAAUAGGAUUACAUUUGACAUGAUCACUUAGUACUGACUUUUCCAUAUGACCCCAACUGGGAUUUGACCUCACAACCUCUGGGGGUGCCCUGAUCUUUUUGCUGCCCCAUGAAGUUUGUACAUUUUCAGAAGUCCCCUACACAUUCAUGACCUAUAAUACAUCUCUGCAUUUAACAAAAGAGUGCCAUCUGCACUGCUAUUUUAGUUAUCAGUUAAUCUGACUAUUCUUUCUUACCUACACCACGGCUCAAACGUUUUAGAACACCUACUCAUUCAAGGGUUUUUCAUUAUCUUUACUAUUUUCUACAUUGUAGUAUAAUAGUGAAGACAUCAAAACUAUGAAAUAACACAUAUGGAAACAUGUAGUAACCAAAAAGGUGUUAAACAAAUCAAAAUAUAUGUUAUAUUUGAGAUUCUUCAAAUAGCCACCCUUUGCCUUGAUGACAGCUUUGCACACUCUUGGCAUUCUCUCAACCAGCUUCAUGAGGUAGUCACCUGGAAUGCAUUUCAAUUAACAGGUGUGCCUUCUUCAAACUAAAUUUGUGGAAUUUCUUUCCUUCUUAAUGCGUUUGAGCCAAUCAGUUGUGUUGUGACAAGGUGGGGGUGGGGGGGUAUACAGAAGAUAGCCCUAUUUGGUAAACGACCACGUCCAUAUUUUGGCAAGAACAGCUCAAAUAAGCAAAGAGAAACGACAGUCCAUCAUUAAUUUAAGACAUGAAUUUCAGUCAAUCCGGAAAAUGUCCAGUCGCAAAAACCAUCAAACACUAUGAUGAUACUGGCUCUCAUGAGGACCGCCACAGGAAUGGAAGAACCAGAGUUACCUCUGCUGCAGAGCCACAGGAAUGGAAGAACCAGAGUUACCUCUGCUGCAGAGGAUAAGUUCAUUAGAGUUACCAGCCUCAGAAAUUGCAGCCCAAAUAAAUGCUUCACAGAGUUCAAGUAACAGACACAUCUCAACAUCAACUGUUCAGAGGAGACUAUGUGAAUCAGGCCUUCAUGGUCGAAUUGCUGCAAAGAUACCACUACUAAAGGACACCAAUAAGAAGAAGAGACUUGCUUGGGCCAAGAAACACGAGCAAUGGACAUUAGACCGGUGGAAAUUUGUCCUUUGGUCUGGAGUCCAAAUUUGAGAUUUAUGGUUCAAACCGCUGUGUCUUUGUGAGACACGGUGUGGGUGAACGGAUGAUCUCUGCAUGUGUAUUUCCCACCGUAAAGCAUGGAGGAGGAGGUGUUAUGGUGUAGGGGUGCUUCGCUGGUGACACUGUCUGUGAUUUAUUUAGAAUUCAAGGCACACUUAACCAGCAUGGCUACCACAGCAUUCUGCAGCGAUACGCCAUCCCAUCUGGUUUGCACUUAGUGAGACUAUCAUUUGUUUUUCAACAGGACAAUGACCCAACACACCUCCAGGCUGUGUAAGGGCUAUUUGACCAAGAAGGAGAGUGAUGGAGUACAUUUGACCGGUAGUGUAUAUGUACAUACAGUAUCUACCUCAAUUACGGUACUGGUACCCUGUGUAUAUAGCCAAGUUAUCAUUACUCAUUGUGUAUUUGUUAUUAUUUUUGCUAUUAUUUUUCUAUUUCUCUCUCUACAUUGUUGGGAAGGGCCCGUAAGUAAUCAUUUCACUGUUAGUCUGUGCAAUUUGAUUUAAUUUAAUUUCCCUGGUUCAGCAAUUUUAGGGUUUUCAGUAUAGUUGUCUAAUGUAGGUGGGACAUAUUGUUUUGUUUUAAUGUUACUCCUCAAACACUAUGAUAAAUAUAAUAGUUUUUUGUGAGUGUAUUUUUAACAAAGCAUAUACUUACUUUACUUAAGUCCAAAAUCUAGGACUACGGGUGAAAUCAGUCGUUGCCGCAGACAUGGUGGCAUAGCACAAAGAUUAGAAUGCCGUUAACCAAGAGGUUGUUAGUUCAAAUCCCAGGUGAGGACAUGUUGAAUAAUAUUUACUGUAUAAACAUACACAAUGUAAUCAAAUAUGUAAGUUGAAAACACUGCGGCUGUUCCGGGGACAUCCUGAUGACUGAUUUCUGUUUGCAGGGCAUCAUUUGAAAAUUCCAAAACCAUAUUUUUUCACAUAAUUUCACGUGAAAGGUUAUGUGAUCACAUUUGAAAAUCUUCAUGUGAAAUAUUAUCAUUUGAAAUGUUCCAAAAACACAUGAUUUUUUUCUGUAAGGGACACACACACACACACACACACACACACACACACACACACACAUACACACACACCGUCUUGCUUAUUUAACCUUGUGGGGACACACAAUUUAUAACCAUUCAAAAUCCUAUUUUCCCUAACCCCCAAACCUAACCCUAACCCUUACCCUAACCCUAACCCCCAAACCUAACAUUAACCCUAAAACUAACCCUAACCUUAAACCUAAUUUUAACCCUAACACUAAUUCUACCUUAACCCUAAACCGCCUAGAAAUAGCAUUUGACUUUGUGGCAACUAACAAAAAGGUUUUGUUUGUUUACUUUUUUUUGUUUGUUUACUGUUCUUGUGGGGAUUUCUGGUCCCCACAAGUAUAGUUAAACACGUCCACACACACACACACACACACACACGGUCGUAAAUGUAUUAUCCAAUGCUGAGGAUUGAGUCACUAGUUGAUAAUGUAAAACAGCCUGCCAUGCAAUGACCUCUCUACCUUGGGCAUGCUGUCAUGGUCAUUCAUGGUAAGUGGAAAGAGGAUCCCUGUGUGUUGGGUUAGAAUGAAACAGGAGCAGUGUUUCUUCUGAAAGACAACCCUAACCCUUGACCAUGCUAGUGCUGCGUAGAUGUGUUUGUGGUAGUUCUUUGGUCAGUAAUCCAAUGUACUGUAUUUGUGCCGUUUCACAAAGACACAAAGCCUUCGAGAUAAGCUAUUCUUUUUCCUGGCUGUAUAACUUUUAGAUGUGUAUUUGAAGUUCCUUCCAUGCUCUGGUUAAUGGUGUGAUAGUGCCCAGUAUGUCAGCCAGAGCCAAGUUCACCCACCCACUCUCUGGACGCAACAUAGGCCAGUAAGUAAUGCACUCUUAAAUAAUUUGGCAAACCUUGCGUCUUUAUGAAUGAGAUAGUUGGUAUUUAGAAUGUGUACUUUUAAAUUAUGAAUCGCAGCUCUUUGAAUAAUUUACUGUUCACUUGCCAUCAAGAUAAGUCUAGUUUGGAAAGCUGUUUGAUGUCUUAUUCAAAUAUGUAUAUUUCUGAGGAACUAUUCAAUAAAAUAUAAUUAAACUACUUUGAUAGAAUUAAGUAUUAGGACAUUGCUUUUAUCAUACUAAACUUGGAAGGCAUGUUUUGGGUCUGCUAAACCAUCUUACAGACUUAUGCAGACAUAAAGAAUAUGCUUUACGCAACCUCUUCUGAAGGUACUAGGAAUGAUAGAAUCUCUUUGGUUCUGAAUUAUUUAAUAGACCUGCUAGUUUACUGCCAUAACAACGCAACACAAGUGCAACAUUUGCUGAAAGGAUUUACAUCAACCUUAUCAAAUGGCCUUAUUGAGCCAUUAAAUGGAUGCAUCUGAUUGCACUGUGUCACCAUCUCUGUAUAAUGUCAAAUACUACUCACAACUCAUCUUAUUUUGGACUCAUAUUUUACCACAAAACUGCCUAUGGCUGCUGUCUGCGGUUAAAGGUUAAAGCACAAUUUGCUUCCAAAGUACAUCUAGAGUCUCUGAGCUAAAUGGACCGGUAAACAGUGGAGGAGUCAAGGAAAAACGGCGUGCCAAUGACGGUGGAAUGUAAUUGGUUGUCCUAUGCUCCACCAGUGAACCCAGUUUAUCAUGCUCCGAGGGUACCCGGUCAGUCCCACAGUGCUGCAGUCACAGAUGGCUUCUUCACACUGUGUUGGACUAAAGGUCUCUCUCUGGAGUCCUAGGCACUGACUGUAGCCUAGCCUGCUUUACGUGCACGUCAGUGCAGGCUAAUUUCACAAAAGCGCAAAUGUUUUCAGAGAGGAUAUGCUCUACACGUAAUUUAUAUCAUCACACUUCUGGCCAUUGUAUAGAGAGGCUUUGUGGCACAGAAGCGGCAAUACUGAGGCAUUUGAAGAGUCUUUGAGUGUGUCCAGUGAACUGUAUGUUUGUUGCAAUAAUUCUCUGUGGAUGUAGCCUAUUUAACAAUUUCACCCAUCGUUAGAAUUGUCUGCUUACAUGCUCUGAAUCUAAAACAGAUUUCUCCUAGGCUAAACAGAUGCAAAGGAUGACAUAGAAGAGAAGAAAAAGCACAGAAAUGCCACAAUGUUUGGCCUUGAGGGACAGUGAUUAUAUAAUAGACAUAGAUAAUCAUGGAGGGUUCCUGCAGGCCCACUGGGGAGGAUCAGCCUGAUUAGAAUGGACAGAGAGCAGAGCACCGGGGCCCACGUGGAUUACCUACUGUUUUAUUAUAGUAGCUUUCACUUUGUGUUUUCUGGUCAACAUAUAUGGAUGUUUGUUCUUCAGAUUCAAGUGUUCGGGCAAAUUGUCAAUGUUGUUUUUAACUGACACUGAAAAAGCUUUCAGGCCAGAGCCUCUUUUUGAUUCCAAUAGGAUAGUGAAAACACAAAUGUUCUAGUCUAGAACACAAUUAAGAUCCUUGUGUUCUUUUUUAAUCAUCACCAUUAUCUUCUCACAAAAACAUUUUAAAAGCCCAGUGAUGUACUGUAACUAUAGCAACAGGGAAGCUGUCACAACUUUGUGAAGAAACUGUCUACAGAAGCUUUGAGGAUAGCUGGGCUGGAUCACAGAUUAUAUUCAGCUCCCUGACCAACCUUGAGGAUAGCUGGGCUGGAUCACAGAUUAUAUUUAGCUCCCUGACCAACCUUGAGGAUAGCUGGGCUGGAUCACAGAUUAUAUUCAGCUCCCUGACCAACCUUGAGGAUCUCUGGGCUGGAUCAGGUUAUAUUCAGCUCCCUGAACAACCUUGAGGAUCGCUAGACUGGAUCGCAGAUUAUAUUCAGCUCCCUGACCUUGGGAAAUGUAACCCUGACAUGGAACAUUUGAAGAAAUUAGCUUCAGAGUUUUAAUAUGAAGCUGACUUCAAAAUUACAGUUACUACAGCACAGAAACUCUUUUUAGUUAAAGCUUUUAUUGUAUCCCAAUUCAUGUACAGUGCAUUUGGAAAGUAUUCAGACCCGUUCCCUUUUUCCAAAUGUUGUUACAUUACAGCCUUAUUCUAAAAUUGAUUAAAUAAAAAAUUUCCUCAUGAAUCUACACACAAUAACCCAUAUUGACAAAGCGAAAGCAGGUUUUUAGAACAUUUUGCAAAUGUAUACAACAAAAAAACAUCCCAGAAAAACCUUAUUUACAUAAGUAUUCAGAACCUUUGCUGUGAGACUUGAAAUUGAGCUCAGGUGCGUCCUGUUUCCAUUGAUCAUCCUUGAGAUGUUUCUACAACUUGAUUUGAGUUCACCUGAGGUAAAUUCAAUGGAUUGGACAUGAUUUGGAAAGGCACACACCUGUCUAUAUAAGGUCCCACAGUUGACAGUGCAUGUCAGAGCAGAAACCAAGCCAUGAGGUCGAAGGAAUUGUCUGUAGAGCUCUGAGACACGAUUGUGUCAAGGCACAGAUCUGGAGAAGGGUUCCACAGUGGCCUCCAUCAUUCUUAAAUGGAAGAAGUUUGGAACCACCAAGACUCUUCCUAGAGCUGGCUGCCCGGCCAAACUGAGCAAACGGGGGAGAAGGGCCUUGGUCAGGGAGGUGACCAAGAACCCAAUGGUCACUCUGACAGCGUUCCAGAGUUCCUCUGUGGAGAUGGGAGAACCUUCCAGAAGGACAAUCAUCUCUGCAGCACACCAACAAUCAGCCCUUUUAUGGUAGAGUGGCCAGACGGAAGCCACUCCUCAGCAAAAAACACAUGACAGCUCGCUUGGAGUUUGCCAAAAGUAUCUAAAGGACUCUCAGACCACGAGACACAAGAUUCUCUGGUCUGAUGAAACCAAGAUUGAAACCUGGCACCAUCCCUACGGUGAAGCAUGGUGGUGGCAGCAUCAUGAUGUGGGAAUGUUUUUCAGCGGCAGGGACUGGGAGACUAGUCAGGAUCAAGGGAAAGAUGAACGGAGCAAAGUACAGAGAGGUCCUUGAUGAAAUCCUGCUCCACAGCGCUCAGGACCUCAGACUGGGCCGAAUGUUCACCUUCCAACAGGACAACGACCCUAAGCACACAGCCAAGACAACGCAGGAGUGGCUUCGGGACAAGUCUCUGAAUGUCCUUGAGUGGGCCAGCCAGAGCCCGGACUUGAAGCCGAUCGAACAUCUCUGAAGAGACCUGACAGAGCUUUAGAGGAUCUGCAGAGAAGAAUGGGAGAAACUCCCCAAAUACAGGUGUGCCAAGAUCGUAGCGUCAUACCCAAGAAGACUCAAGGCUGUAAUUGCUGUCAAAGGUGCUUCAACAAAGUACUGACUAAAGGGUCUGAAUUCUUAUGUAAAUGUGAUAUUUCAGUUUUGUAUUUUUAAUAAAUGUGCAGACAUUUCUAAAAACCUGUUUUUGCUUUGUCAUUAUGGGGUAUUGUGUGUAGAUUGAUUAGGGGAAAAAAUUAUUUACUCCAUUCUAGAAUAAGGCUGUAAAGUAACAAAAUGUGGAAAAAGUCAAGGGGUCUGAAUACUUUCCGAAUGCACUGUAGCUUAUGCUGAAUAGGCAUCUAACCUUGAGGAUAGGCCUAUUUAGAGUUGUCCUUAUAAUAGACAUGAACACAAAAAUGUGAUUUAGUUUAAUGAACCAAAGCAACUGCGGAAUCUCUUUCUUCCUCACUCCUCUGGGCGAUACAGUAGCUAAAUGUGUCUUACUUUUGUGACCAACACCUUCAAAGGCAAAUAAAUGCUGCUAGAGGAUAAGCAUGCCCACUUAGAGGAGAAGAACAGAGGGAGGUAGAGAGAGAGAGAGAGAGAGAGAGAGAGAGAGAGAGAGAGAGAGAGAGAGAGAGAGAGAGAGAGAGAGAGAGAGAGAGAGAGAGAGAGAGAGAGAGAGAGAGAGAGAGAGAGAGAGAGAGAGAGAGAUUGUGCUACUGUACUGA